AUGGUUAGUACCUUCUCAAUUAUCCAUUCAAUAGAGUUCAUACACUUCUUCUUCACUUGAAAAGUUGACAGCAUCAGCCUCCCUGGCCAGCAUUUUGUUGGUUGUUGUUAUUUGCAGGAAAUUUUACAAAAUUUUAUACGGCAGGGAUGAAUCAUGCAUUUGUAAAUUGAGCAUUAUCAAGUAGGCUGCAUAGUACAAAAGCAAUUUAAAAAUGAGCUAUCUAAUCAAAAGUUGAACAAAAGCAAGUAUAGUCACUUCUCAUUCAAAUGUUAGCAAUGCAUAUUGAGCCCUUUUCCAUUUCAAACCUUCAUUAAUACACAUACGUUUUUCAUUUCUAUGUGAAUUAGAUCCAUUCUGCUUAACAGGCUUAGGGAGUGGCUUGGGAAGAGACCUGAGGGCCAGGGAGAGAGGCUUGGAGGGCCACAUUUUGGUCCCCAGGCCUGAGGUUCCCCACCCUUGUCCAAGAACUUCAUCUUUAACAUUUGCUGGUCGGUAAAGAAAUUUUAAACCCCAUCUCAAGAAGAUAGUCAAAACCCAAUGCUAUAGUUGACAAUCCUGACUCAGCAAUUUGAUGGACUGAAACUUGUUUUUGUAACAGGGAUCCUUGGCUCUGCUUCUUUCUCAGCAUGCCUUGCAGGCCACAUUCUCUCUGUCCUAUUCUAUGUGCAGCUACAGGAGACCAGAGAACAGUCCCUUCCUACCUGAGAACAGUCUGUUCUCGUCUGUCCUCCUUAAAGUGAAAGUGAGAACAUGUAAUUCAAUUGAUAAACAUAUUUCUUAUUCCAGGCUUUCAUUAUUAUUAUUAUUAUUAGAUGGGCCAUUUGGGUGAGAGGAUUUUAAAGGCUCCUUCUCUUUCUCAUCUAUCCACACACCCCAAAAAAAUCUCCAUCACCUCCCAGCAAGAUAGAUUGCCAGCAAUAGUGAAGGUACAUUUGGGUUCUUCGUUUGCUUUUCAUGUAAACUUCUAUUUACUCCACACAGCCUGCUUUGCUUUGGAAAGCUGUGACCACAGAGACCUUAUUUACACUCUGGCUGCCAAGUGACAUUUGAAACCCAAAUUUUAAAUUUCAUUUCAAACUGGACUUUGUUUUUGUUGAUUUCCUAGAAACUCAGUGACCACGUGUCUUUCGAAUCCACCGAUGUCUUCCCAACCCUGAUUUUGAAGAAACUGGUUUUCUACCCAAACACAUGUUCCCAACCCCCCCCCCUUAUUUUAUCUUGUUUAUGUCUGCCUAAACAAGGUAACCUCAAUAAGAGGGUGGGGAAACUGUUGCAAAAGCAGGGCCGUCAAUAAGAGCCCUCUGGUGGCUAGCUAGUCACUCUGCAGCUUCAAAAUAAGGUACCAGUGAAAUAAAUGUCAAGAGGUCAUGAAGAAUCUUCAGACUGCAUGACACCUUAACCUAAAGUCUGUCGGUUGCAUUGCAAAUGGCACGGAUGCACUGCAGUAGUUUGACACCAUUGUGCCUUACGCCAUUUCUUUUUUCUCACUCUUCACUAGAGGAGGGUGGACAAAUUCAAUUAAAUGCACAUUUAAGGAGGAACCCACCAAAUUUGCACUUUCGAAAACAAAACGCAAAACAAAAUGCAGCUACAGUCUGAAAUUCACACAUCUCUGAAUUUUGCAAUGCAACUCUCCAGCUGAAUAACGGGUACAGAAAUGCAAUGUAACUGGAGUAAAUUGUAUAUAAGAAUGCAUUGAUGCAAAAGAGAAAAAGCAUGACAUUCAGAUAAUUUGCUUUGCAAAAUAAAUGUGUUUAUUGCAGAAGCUACAUACAAAAAUGUAAAAUUCAAUACAUUCGACUUCUUCUUCUUCUUCUUCUUCUUCUUCUUCUUCUUCUUCUUCUUCUUCUUCUUCUUCUUUUUCUUCACAUUUCAUGUGCGUUGCGUGAAAAGGACCCCUAAAGAUACUUGGGAGAAUUUUUUAUAUAUUUGGGAGUGGGGAUUACCAUGAUAUAUAUGAGGUGGUAUAUAAACUUUGCCACCUCUUCAAGCAGCAGCAGCAGCCUCCCUAUUAGUUUAUUAGUUUAGUAAAGUUUAUAUAUUGCUUGAUAAACAGAAGGAUUUGCGCAUCAAGGCCCCGUGACCACCCUGUUCCCUAAGGUGCGAAUAACUAGACAACACACGGCAUAUUGGUUUUCGGGAUCAAAUAAGCCCACAAUAUUAUUGGUUACAGAUGUGGAGUUUGGCCAUAGGCAUUGUGGUAAGCAACAGUGCCUGUCACUCCUGCCCAUCCACUGGGAAUGUUUCUAAGGGCGAAGACAGCGGGGGAGGGGAGCACACUAUGACCUACGUCAAAUUGGGACAUCCCCAAAGUGGUCCGCGUUUGAGGAGUGGCAUGGCCCUAGCCCUCGCCUGGCCAUCGGACAGGAGCCAUUCCUCCCAGAGCCUUUUAAGAGGAUGCCCUUACCCAGUGAGAGCCAGUGUGGUGUAGUGGUUAAGAGCGGUAGACUCGUAAUCUGGUGAACCAGGUUCGCGUCUCCGCUCCUCCACAUGCAGCUGCUGGGUGACCUUGGGCUAGUCACACUUCUCUGAAGUCUCUCAGCCCCACUCACCUCACAGAGUGUUUGUUGUGGGGGAGGAAGGGAAAGGAGAAUGUUAGCCGCUUUGAGACUCCUUCGGGUAGUGAUAAAGUGGGAUAUCAAAUCCAAACUCCUCUUCUUCUUCUUCCAUGGAGGUGUAGGCUACAACCUCCCCUCCAACCAAGACUUACCCAAUGCCUAUCCGCCUUACAAAGUUGUGACAAUUGCUAUGAGGUAGGCGAAAACCCAAAUGGUGGUGCCAGUUAGCCAAGUGGGGAAAAUUCCUGCACUUCCCCUGAAAAUUAGGCUAAUGACAUUGUUCAUAGCAAGAUUGUACCAUCCAUGAAAAACCCUAAUCUGAGGGAGAGAGGGUGGGAGAACCAGCAAAGCAAAACAGAAAGACCCCACAGGCCAGGCAUUUAAACUUUUCCUGGACGUGAUGCCAAGGGCCGCAAUUGGUCCUGCGCCCAGUGGAAUGCCCCCUAAGUACUGUCGCCAUUGGGUCAUUUGGCAGCAGGAAGACAAUCUGGCCUGUGAUAGGCUGGUUUACUAGGGAAGCCCUCCCACAAAGCUGCCCGUCUAUCCUGCCUUUUCCAGGUGAUGGAUCACUAGUAGUUACAUAAAGCUAUGGAUCCCAAAGGAAGAACAGGAAUAAUGAGGACCAGUUGAAUGUAUAUGAGCAUUCUGGCAGAUGAGGCAAGAAGGAUCAAGAAUUUGUUUCUGCUACCUUAUAAGCCUGUACUAGUGAUAGAGGUCAACCACAUUGUAGGACAGGGGGCAAAUAUUGCAAAAGCUGGCGUUUCGCUUUCUUUCUUCGCCUUUCCAAGCUCCCUAAAUAUAAAAUCUGUAAGAAUUGAUUUCCAUACAGAUUAAUUCUGAGCUGCCUCGUCAUUUAUGUUUCAGAGAUGCUAUUUGCACCCCACUGUUCCCUGUGGUUUGUGUGCAGCGCAUAUUCCCCCCACCCUCAGCUUCUAAUGAUUUGUUUUGAGAUGAAGACGUUCCAUGAAAAAAAAACCUACCUCCCAAUUUUAUUUCUCCUUCCGACAAAUGCCAUGAAAAGUUCUUUGACCCUAAAGCCCUCUGGCUCAGGACUGAAUGCUGGGCGUUGAUCUGAAAUGCCUGUUAAUGGGAUUGUACAUAAGUAAUGCUUUAACCAUAGAGUAGUUUCUUGUUUGCUUUGAAAGCCACAAACCCCAGAAGGAAAUGUAGGAGAACGGUGGGAGGACAGUGACAAGAAACCUCAUGACCUCAUCCUUUCCGCCUCGUGGGGAUUGGUCGGCUCGUGUCUGGAAGAAGAGUUUAAAUUCCAGAGGUCUGCAGACAGAAAAGCAACAGAACAGGAGGAGAACGAUCACGCACCAUCUGAGUGAAUGAUCCAAGGAUUGCCUUGAGCUUCUCCAUACAAACCAGCAGACCUCUGCCUCAGACUACACUUCGGACCCAGACAACGCAAGGUACCUGAGCCUUUUCCUUUUGCUUUACCUAUUUUAUUCAGUCUUCUUAUAUUUCCAGAAAGCUGAAAGCAGCGCAGCAGUACUUGAUGGAGGCUUUAAACUCCUCCAGCUUCAGGGGCAGAAAAAGAAAGACUUUUAGUGCACAGCUUUAAAAAUAAUUUACAACGCCUCUUUUGCCUGCACUAGGGAGAAUGUUUAGGGAUUCGGGGAGGAAGCGGUUUAUGAGAGAGAGAGUAUUGCUGAACAGAACCUGCCACUUAAAAACACGGAUUUGUGAGUUGUACCCUUGCCAACUCCCAAUGCCACACGCUUUUGGCACAAGAUGUAGUUUUCAUUCCAGCAUCCCUGAUGCUAAAUUUAUAAUAUUUGAAGUCUAGGGGUUUACACGCAGGUAGCCAGUGUGAGUCAAAGGUUAGAGUGCUGGACUAGGAGUGUGCAGGAUUCGAAUCCUCACUCAACCAUGAAGUUCAAUGGGUGACUUAGGACCAGUCACUGUUUGUUAGCCUAACCUACCUCACAGGGUUGUUGCGAGAAUAACAUGGGGGAAGAGGAGGAUGAAAAUAUAACAAAUAAGCUUGUCAGAAAUUCAGAUUCUGUGCUUUGGAAACUAGGGCUGCCAGCCAGCUGCUUUAUGUUGGGGGGCGGGGUGGUCCUAUGCCUUUUAACAGCCACCUAAUGCACAGAACUAGGAGCUGAAUAUUCAGCCUACCAUGCAGCUGUUAAAUGACAGAAGAGCCCCGUCAAGGAAAAACAGUUGGCAACCAUAACUAACAAUCUGUUUCCUUAGUCCCAUAUACGCAAGUGCAGGAUGUGAUUACUUGGUAAUGGGGGAAAUCACUCUGUAUAUGCUCAGUUAUUAUUUCAUAUGUAUUGGGAUCAGAGGCCUGGAGGGUCUGGGCUUGACUUUAACUCUGUCCAAGAAGGUUCUUUAACUUCUUGUACCAUCAACUCACAUGUAAUUUCCAGUUAAUUAUCACUGUGCACCUAGCUAAAAGCCAUCAUAUUACUCUUGCAUUUAAUCUCUGAAAAAGCACUCCUGCUUUGCUCUGCAAGGGUUUUGCUCAAAUACAGUUUGGUGCAAUGUUCUCCCAUCGAUUUUCUCUCUUAGCACAAGUGCUCAUUAACCUUGUGAGAGGAAGGGCAAUGCAUAGUGAAGUGUGCCAGCUUCCCCAUCAGCCUGGUUGCUAAUACCUAGCCUUCCGUCGUGAUUCAUCAAUUUCUGAUGUCCCCUGAGCCCUGAUUCAUCAGUUUUUUCCCCUGCAGUGCCACACUGAGCAAUGCGAUCCUUCCUGAUUUGGAAAUUUCAGCUUGUUCUUUUCAAAUGCCUUUGAAGGAAGGAUCAAUUACAAAACCAACUUAUAAUUAAAAUUCUGCUUCAGGUUCCUAUUCAUAUUAAUGUGCAGCAAGGUCAGAGAAAGAGGGAAAAUCUGUUGGCUGAUGAGUUGGGACCCCCCCAUGGAAAUUCUCUCUUCUAGAAUUUUCCCUUUGGCUACGAAGCAGUGUUUUCCUCUUACAUUUUUAUCCUCCAACAAUACUACAGCGCUCUGAUAUCUGUGGAAAUUUAUAGAACUGGUGCAUUAAUCUGCUUGGAGCAAAAAUCAGUAAAUUCUAUUGGAUUGUAAUAUUCUCGAGCAAGACAGAGGUUUUUAAAAUAAAAUAGUGUGUGUCCUUUUGCAGUCUGUAAGCUUUAAAUCUCACAGAGUGCCUUGUGGGCUACUCUGGAAUAAGUUAACUGAGAAUUAGAAUCAUAGACUCACAGAAUUGUAGAGUUGGAAGGGACCACAAGGGUCAUCUAAUCCAACCCCCUACAAUCUGGGAAUACUUUGCCCAACAUGGGGCUUGAACCCACAACUCUGAGAUUAAGAGUCUCAUACUCUACUGACUGAGCUAUGCUGAGGAUGGUAGAUCCAUAGAAGUGGAAGUUACCAAGAGCCUACAGAUUUAAUCCCACAUCUGACACUAUUCAAUAGCUAUAUGCAAUCCAAACUGCAGUGUUCCACAGUUGCAAACAGUAUUGAAAGGUUCUUCCAAAACAGCUCUUGAUGCCUCGGGCAAAUGAGUCAAGCCACAUGUAAAAGGCAGGGUAGCAGAAGAUGUAGUAACAAUACAAAUCUUUGUCAAUAUUGUGCUUGCUCUUGGUGUUUAUUUCAUUCAUCGACUCCGGCUGCAAUACUAAGCACAGAUACUAGGGAGUAAAUUCCAUUGAAUUUGAGUUCUGAGUAUAUGAAUAUAGGAUUGCCCUGUUGGUUAUUAUAUUAUUUGUGAGCACUGUCAGCUCCUUGGUAGAAUCUCAAAAAAUUACCCUUUGUCAGGCAGAUUUGCUAGAUCUCAGAACCAAAAAGUGGGGGUUGUUCCAUUUUCUCUAACAAUUAACUCCAAGAAACAUUCCAGCAGCAUCUAGGAAGUAAGUUUUGCGGUCUCCAGGGAUGUUUAGUUUUUGGUUUUUGGGUUUCAGGGAAGGCUUGGCAAAGACGCCCUUCCUAAGUAGUCCCUCUCCUCUGCAUCACUGUUGCUCCUGCCCAUUUGUUUAGUCCUGCCCCUUUGGACCCAUUCUACAUCACUGCCCAGAGGGACAGAGGAAGGAUGCUCUUUCACAGCCCUCGCUUAUGGACAGUACAAGUAAACUGGUAGCAACAGCAAGAAGGAGUAGGAGCAGGAAGCUCUAUGGCACUCUUCCGCAACCUGGUGCCCUCCGGAUGUUUUGGACUACAAAUCCCAUCAUCCCAGGCCAUUGGACAUGCUGGCAGGGGUUGAUGGAAAGUGUAGUCCAAAAGUUCUGGAGGUCCUCUGGCUAAGGAAGGCUGCGCUAGGGGUUGCUGGAGGGGCCUCUGCUGAGACAUGGGCCUCAGCAGAUGCCCAGUCAUUACAACUCCCAGUGUUGACUUUGUUUGCAGCAAUGGGCGUAGCCAGGAUUUGGGGGGGCAGGACUUUUGUUGGGGGCACAGAACCAACAUGAUUAGUCCGUUAGUUAAGUAUUUCUAUUGUUUUACUUGAUCUAGGGGGCGGGCCUUGCCCAAGCCCAUGUUUGCAGCACCACAUAUACAGUAGAUAGAGAUUUUUCCCACUGCAGCCAUGGCCUGGGAUCAGACCAUAUCAAGAGCAUCUUAUCUGCAGAGGUCUUACGUUCGGUUCUUUCAUCUCUCAGCCCAAACAAAGUGCUGAAUUGAGAAGUCAAUCUAAUUCCCUUUUGUCUGAUGUUGGGCAGCAGAAGGUCUCUUCUGUUGCUCGGAUUAGCUUUGUCAAGUGAUAGCAAAAAUACAGGGAAACCAAUGGGAACUGAUUCUGAUUUGAUACGGUAUUUUCCUGGAAUAAUAUUUGGAGGGGAAAUAUCAUAUCAGGGUGCAAAACCUAGAAGAAAGUUCUACAGGCAGAAUGCUAGCCUCUUUGUUUAUAUAGCUUUCUGUGGUUACACACACAAAAACACACAGAGUGUGUGUGUGUGUGUGUGUGUGUGUGUGUGUGUAAAAAUGUAUUCUUCCAUGAGAAAGGGAAAUGUGAAAAAGCUGAUUCACACAUGCAAACUUACAGAUGGAGGAGAAAUUUAAUUCAGUCCACAUUUAAAGGUGAAUCUACUUGAUUGCCACUUUCCAAAACAAUAUGCAAAGUGAAACACGGAAAUCCUUGGAAAUUCUCCAGAUUUUGCAGUGCAAUUCUCUAGCCAAGUAAUGUGUGCAAAGAAAACAAAAUGCAUAUGCUUUCAAUAAAGUUUGUAAUAUAUUUUUUAAAAGAUGCAUAUUAAAAUAAUAUACAAAUACAUGAGCGAAAAUAUAGAUAAUGGGAAAAUGUGUUUUGUAAAAAUGAGUAUAUUGGGCAGAAUUAUAUGUUAGGCAAACAUUCUAUCUCCCUCUUGAAGUCUGAGAUGGUACUAUCCAAGAAGACUUAUACCGUGUACUAUUUCUGUGCAUUUGGACCGGUCCUAAGAGCGAAGUGUUUGUUAUGUUUUUGAACAGUCAACUGCAAAUCCAUCAUGAUGAAGAUUGCUGUGCUGUGCAUGUGUCUCUUCGCCAUCGCCUUGGCAGCUCCUGUAAGUACAAUACAAAUACAACAAAUAAGCCAUGAGAAGCACGUAUUUCCGUAAUGCAGAGUAAGUGAAUUGAUACUGACUCUCUAUUCCCCCGCAUUUCUUUUCAAAGGUUGGCAAACACCAUGAUGAUUCAAAGAGUUCUGAAGAUUAUCAUGUAAGUUCUUUCCCCCCAUACUUUUAGCAGUCCAUUCAUUUUACUGUUGGAUUUAUUAUAUCACAGCUUGGGAUUAAUUCCACGAUUCUGAGAUCCACACACCUAUUACAUAAGGCUGAGUCUCUUUUUCAUGAAUUCAUGUGCCCCCUUUGAGAAGACAAGCAAAAACAAUGACCUGCUUCCAAGUGGAGCAUCUUCCAUCCCCAUAGCUGCUGUCCUACCCUCUCUUCCUGGGUAGUUAGCCCCACUGAACACAGCGAGAAUUACUUCUGUUCUGAGUAAAGAUGCAGAAGAUUGAACAGUUAGUCACUUUUGUUGACUUUCCCGCACCUUCCUCAGAGCCUUAGCUGCGUUCAUACCAUAUACAGUGGUACCUCGGGUUACAUACGCUUCAGGUUACAGACUCCACUAACCUCAGGUUAAGAACUUUACCUCAGGAAAUAGUACCUUGGUUAAGAACUUUACCUCAGGAUGAGAACAGAAAUCAUGCUUCUGCGGCGCAGCAGCAGCAGGAGGCCCCACUAGCUAAAGUGGUGCUUCAGGUUAAGAACAGUUUCAGGUUAAGAACAGACCUCUGGAAUGAAUUAAGUACUUAACCUGAGACACCACUGUAUUUAAAGCACCCCCCCAAAGGAUCCUGGGAAGUGUAGUUUGUUAUGGAUGCUGAGCAUUGUACCUUUGUGAGGGGAAACCACAGUUCGGGGAGAGGAAGUGCUUUCAAUGUAUGGUGUAUACAAAUUGAGGUAAUCAGAACUGCGCACAGCCCUGAUAUGGCCAAUACUGAUUUCAAGGUGGCACUAGCUGACUUAUUUUCAAUCACCCCUAACACUUCCGCAGUAGGAUCUGAAUUCUGCUAACUAUUCCACCUUGUUCUCACAGUUCUGGGGUGGGUAUCUAUUGAUCAGGCCCUGGUUCCCCUUCUGCGUUAGCCAAGCUCUGCGAUGUUGCACGUUGAAUGCCAACGUUGUUGUUUUUUGUAUUGUUAAAGGUUGCCAAGCAUCAUCAUAAACACCACGCUCACGGGCAUCACCACCAUCACUCACAUAGCCAGGAGCACAGCCAGGAGCAUGUGAACAGCCACGAGUCUCAAGAGCAUCAGGAGUCCUCCCAGCCGGUAUGAAGCCUUUCUUCUCCAUCAAGUUAAAGCUAUCUCUAAAGAAUCAAGAUGUGGUUGUACCCAACUAAGUUCCACUCACAUUGAAAUCAAUGGACCAAAAUUUGGCCUGCCCAUUAAUUUCAAUGGGUCCAUUCUGAGUACGACCGACAUUUGAUAUAACCUAUACUGUACCGAGCGGGAUGUGGGUGGCGCUGUGGUCUAAACCACAGAGCCUAGGGCUUGCCGAUCAGAAGGUUAGUGGUUCGAAUCCCUGCUCCUGUUGUUCGGUCCCAGCUCCUGCCCACCUAGCAGGUCAAAAGCACGUCAAGUGCAAGUAGAUAAAUAGGUACCACUCCGGCGGGAAGGUAAACGGCAUUUCCAUGUGCUGCUGUGGUUCUCCAGAAGUGGCUUAGUCAUGCUGGCCACAUGACCCCAAAGUUGUCUGCGGACAAAAGGCGGCUCCCUCAGCCUAUAGAGCGAGAUGAGCACGCCACCCCAGAGUUGUCCGCAACUGGACCUAAUGGUCAGGGGUACCUUUACCUUUAUACUGUACCAAAAUGCCAAGAGGGGACAGUGGGAUUGAAUCUAGAACCAGUACUCUUCUAUCCAUGUACGUAGGCAACCAUUCAGAUAAUUUGCUCUUGUUCUUGGUCCAAGAAAAUUUCAGCAGAGAUAAUUUUCCACAGACCUGGUUGGAUAAAAUCCCAAUCUAGCUGCAAUUCUGUGCAUACCUACCUGGAAAUAGGUUCAACUGAAUCAGUGGGACUUUAUUCCAAGCAAAGAUGCAUAGGAUCAAUGUGGAAAUCCCACUGGGCGUUAGUCAUGACUAACUUUUAGCUUGCCUCAGACCCCCGUAUUGGUUCCUAGAUUUAAUUUUUGGUCACUUUUCUAUUCAGUUUGUGUUUCUAGUUUGUCUUUUUUUAAACUUUCCAAUUGAAUCCAAACCCAAACACUUAUCCAUCGCUUGACCAGAAAGAGAUAUAAGGAAAUUCCUGCCACCUCCAUCCUCUUCUCAACAGAAGCCAACCAGAUAGUUCUGGGAAGCCUCCAGGCAGUGCUUAAAGGCAAUAGCUGUCCCUCUGUGAUUGUCCUCUGGUAUUCUGAGCUUCCCUGCCUCUAAAUCCAGAGGUUCCAGUUAGUUGUCAAGGAUAAGAGUCCUUUAUAGACCUACCCUUCUUGCAUUUGUCUAAUCUUCUCCUAAAGCUGUCUGAGCCACUGGUCAUCACUGCAUUGUGUAGCAGCAAAUCCCAUUAGUCAGUCAUGCAAUGCGCAGAGACGUUUUGUCUGUCCUAAAACUACUCAUUUGACUUUUUUUUUAAUUCAGUGGGAUCAUGGUGUUUGUGUGUGUGUGUGUGUGUGUGUGUGUGUGUGUAAAACAAGCCUUCACAAAAUAACUGUUUCAUUUCCAGGCCUCUCUGUCUUCCGAAGAAAGUGAUGAGAUCACUGAGCAACAGGUAAAUUUUCCUCCAACCAUGUGCAUCUUAGGUACGAAACCCCUGUGUCAGUGCUGCCACUAGGAUUGUACAACAGGGAUGGGGAGCCUAUGGCUCUCCCCAGCAUUGUUUGACUUCAACCCCUAUCAAGCCCCAGCCAGCAUGACCAAUUGUCAGGGCUGAUGGGAGCCACAGUCCAACCAAAUUUUGGAAGGCUGCAGGCUCCCCAUCCCUGCCGUAGAAUAUUGUUUCAUCCAUGUGCCUUUCACUUCCGACAGUAGAAUAUUGUUUCUUACAUCCAUGUGCCCUUCACUUCCAUCCAUCGCAGAUCACUGUUUCCCCCAGUGCAGGAACCAUAGGAGGGAGUUUACAUGGCCUGGGGCAGGGGGCAGGAACCUGUAUAUUAGGAAACAGAGAUUGAGUUUGUAUUAGUGUUGCUAGACAAGGGCUGGAAAAGCCAUCUGCAGAGGACACUCAGCAGACAGCAUGGGUGCCUAACUAAUUCUCCCCUCCACAUACCACAUGUUGUUGUUUAGUUGUUGUGUCCGACUCUUCGUGACCCCAUGGACCAGAGCACGCCAGGCACUCCUGUCUUCUACUGCCUCCUGCAGUUUGGUCAAACUCAUGCUGGUAGCUUCGAGAACACUGUCCAACCAUCUCGUCCUCUGUCAUCCCCUUCUCCUUGUACCCUCAAUCUUUCCCAACAUCAAUGUCUUUUCCAGGGAGUCUUCUCUUCUCAUGAGGUGGCCAAAGUAUUGGAGCCUCUGCUUCAUGAUCUGUCCUUCCAGUGAGCACUCAGGGCUGAUUUCCUUAAGAAUGGAGAGGUUUGAUCGUCUUGCAGUCCAUGGGACUCUCAAGAGUCUCCUCCAACACCAUAAUUCAAAAGCAUCAAUUCUUCAGAGAUCAGCCUUCUUUAUGCUCCAGCUCUCACUUCCAUACAUCACUACAUACCUCCCAAUAUUUUCACCUCUUUCCCUCCCCCUAGGCUUGUGUUUGUGUUGUGCAGUCAUCAGGUGCACCCAGGCCUAUAAACAUGUUUUGACUGUUACAUCUGCAUCCUGUAAUACUGACUUGCUUCUUUUUCCUUGCAGACCCUUCUGGUGCCUCAAAGCGAGAGCAAGGAAGAUGACGACGACCACAGUGAUGUGGACGAUGAUGACCAUGACGAUUCGGAUGAGUCGGAUGAGUCACAUGAAAACGGCGUCACAGAUUACCCUACCGAGGCUCCCUUUUCCUUGCCUGUCACUCCUGAGGUCUUUACUGGCAGAGGAGAUGUACCUUACGGAAUCAAGGCAAAAGUUGACCUGGUACAUUAUGAGGACUCCGUAAAGGCACACAAAAGAUCUGGAAAGGUAAAUGCUACAGAUGUACUGUAAGUAAAAAGAGCUAGGCAGUUGACCUCUUUAGAAAUAUAUAAUCCACCUGCCGUUAUUACGGUUCACACAUUUUUGCCAGUGGAAUUCUUACUCUAUGGCCAUCAUGGUUUAAUUCCCCUGGGGCAGCAAUGCUAUAGUACAUCUGGGUGGGUUUUUUAGAACGCUAAGCAACUCAUUCUCCUUCCAUUCAUCUUCCCUAACCGCAUAAGAGGAAGCAAAUGUUCUGUUUUAAAAGUCCAUCUGUCUCACAGAAGCUUCUGCGAGGCAGAGAUAUUCAAAACAUUGCAUAUUUGAAAAGCAUCGCUUGUGGUCGCUGUGAAGGUGCCAGUUGAAACAGGAAGCAAGAUGUUGCAAAGAAGGCUUGGAAGGAAAAGUAGUAAUCCUCUUUUAGGAAACUCCCUGCCAAAAUAAAAAUAAUAAAAAUCUGGUGGAUAGACUUCACAAAAGUCCUAGCAAUCCCAGGAAAGAAAAGCAAAAUCUCUGGGAUUCCCAGUCUUAAAAUUUAGUUAACCGAGACAUGUUUGUUUUUGUUUGGAAGCAUAAAAGCUCCAGAAGGAAAAGAAAUUUUGCCAGGUUCCCCAAUUCAGAGUUCAAUUAGAAAUAAAACGUAAGGUCGCUAUAAAGUUAUCUGACCUACCCAGCCCUGUUCUUUGCCACUAUAACUAUCUGGGCAUAAUAAAUUUAGGUGUUGUAGUCUGGUGAAGGUAGUUUGGAUUGUUGAUUGUGUCUAUUUAUUUAUUUUUAAACACUGAUUUUAUUUUAUAAUGUAGUUUAUUCUUUAUUAGGAAGCCACCCUGGGUACUCCGGGGUAGAAGCAACAAACUGAACUGCUAAGAAUGCUAGAGAUUCCUAGGUGUGUGUUCUCCUAGGGAUGGGGAGCAAUUUGUUCAAUUUUCACAGCAGAUUUUCUGGUGCAGUUUUGGCCCACAAAAUGUGCGCAUACAAUAUGUAUUAUAACCUAAAACCUGCACACAGAAAUGCAUAUAUAUUUCAAAUGAGAGGACUGAAAAGCACAUAUUUUAUCUUCUUAAAAGUGUGGGGAGGGGGGUUACAUAAAAAGCACAUACAAAAAUAUGUACAAUUUAUAUGUGGACCUUUCGUGCAUUCUUUCAAAAAAUGAGAACUGAAAGGGAGAGACCUUUGCCUGAGCACCAGAGGCACUGAUAACUGUAUACACAUCAUACAUCAAAUGCAUACAGCCCCUUCCACAAAGAAUCAUGGGAACUUUAGUUUAUCCCUCACAGAGCUACCAAUAUUCUUUGCGACUCAGUCGUGGAGGUGAUCGAGAUUUAUUGUCUUCUGUUACAGGACAAGGAUUCAGAGUUCACACUAAGGGUGGCCAAAUUUUGCGUAGCUGCCAUAAAACUCAGGGAACAAGCUGUGCAACUACAAAGACUAAGAUCUCAUAUGCAAACUCUAGAUAAUAUUUUAGAGAUUACGACCUAAACCACCUUUCCAACGGCUGCCAUAUUCGUAUUGUUUAUUAUUAUAUUUGAUUGUUGAUCCAAAUUUAAUUCUAUUGUGUUUUAUGCUAGUCUAGUAUGGUAUGUAAAACUCGUCUGGGACUGUAAUAAAAUUUGUAUAUAUACAUAUACAUAUAUAUAUAUAUAUAUAUAUAUAUAUAUAUAUAUAUAUAUAAUAUUCCUUGCGGAGGGGUGCUUUAAAGGCGUGGUGAGUAUGCAGCCAGAAACAGGGUGAAAUUAGGCUGCUCUGUCCAUUCCUACAGCUUCCUAAAGAAAGAGGAUGACUGCUAAACCUGUUUAAGGCUGCACACAUACCUGAGAGUAAAGUCCCUGUGAAUGUCAUGGGGUUUACUUCCAAGUAGGCAUAGCAUUGUAGCCAAUGUUUGUCCUACUCAGAGUCGUCCCAUUGAAAUUAAUAGACAUGGCUAACUUGGGUUCGUUCAGUGGGUCUGCUAUGAGUAAAACGUAGCUGGAGACGACAGUUGUUCUGUUAGUCAACACUGUAGCUAUCCCUCCUGUUUCUGGGUGGCCAUUUAUUGUCUUCCAUUUGUGGGCCUUGCAGUUUGAUUCGCGUGAUGUUUCGGAUGACGUGGACAGCACCCCAGACGUGGAGAGCCGCGAAUCCCAUUCUGCCAAGUCACAUUCUCUCGAAAGCCACGACACAAGCCUUGAAAGUGAUGACGCAAGUCACCUGAGAGACAGCCAAGAGGUCCACGAUAAAAGCACGGAGAACGACAGCCGCCAGAAACUUGAGAGCGCUGAGGAACCCCAUGACGACAGUGACCACGAUGACAGCCACGUAUCCAUGGAAAGCCAUGACAGCAGAGAGUAUAAGAAGGCCCUCAGUGGGGUACUCCAAGAGGCACAUCACGGCCAUGAUGCUGACAGUGUCAGCAACCAAACUUUCGAAAGCGCUGAGGAUCACCACAGUGCUGAGGAUCACCGCAGCGCUGAGGACCAUCACCACAGCACUGAGGAUCACCACCACAGCACUGAAGAGCACGACCUCAGCACUGAAGAUCACCACCACAGCACUGAGGAUCAUCACCACAGCGCUGAGGACCACCACAGCAUUGAGGACAAUGAGGUCACCCUCUAAGUGGAUAAACAGGCAGGCUCCUGUCUCCACACCUAUCUAAGAGCACUCCCCAGAUUUUUCGCAUGUGUGGGUACAGCUAGGAUUGGAGCCCAAAUUCAUAACAGGUGGCUUUUCUGGGAAUUUUUUUUUAAAUUUGUUUUGCUGAGUGCGUGAAGGAGAGAAGUGUGAGAAAGGCAAUGCAAUUUCUACUUGAAUGUUUGCUCCCAAUUCUAUGCAUAUCACACGUUUGAUUUCAGCAAUCAUAGCAGUUAUCGGCAGCAGUGUUAACCAGGCAAAUUCGGAGCCUGAUCCAACACAUGUUUACUUGGAAGUAAGUCCCACUGAUUUUGGUGCAUGCUUACUGCUAGGUAAACAUGCUGAGGAUGUCAACCUUAAAUGUGCAGUACUAGCUGUCCUGUCCAUUAUAGAACUGUAAGCCCUUCUUGCUGCAUAUUUUUCCUGCUCUGUCUCAUAGGGGGUUGUGAUGGAGGAGAGAGAGAGAAAGAGAGAGAGAGAGAAAUCUAGCUUUACAAUCAGAGUGAAUGUUGCAUCUCAUGAUACUGUAGUACCAAAGGAUUUACUGUUGCAAUGUAUAUUUUGUUGACAAUUGUGAAUUAAAUAAAAAGACGAAACCUUAUAUGCCUAGGACUCAGCAUGUGUUCUUAUCAUAGGAAUACCUUGGUUUUCGAACAGCUUAUUUCUCGAACGUUUUGGCUCCCGAAUGCCGCAAACCUGGAAGUGACUGUUCCGGUUUGCGAACUAUUUUUGGAAGCCAAAUGUCCGACGGGGCUUCCACAGCUUCUAAUUGGCCGCGCUUUGGUUUCCAAACGUUUUGGAAGUCGAACGGACUUCCGGAACAGAUUCCGUUCGACUUCCAAGAUAUGACUGUAUAGGAAGUUGCCUUCUGCGAUUGGUUCAUCUAGCUCAGUAUUGUGUACACUGAGUGUAGAUGCUUUCCGGAUAUCAGACUGAGGUCUCUCCCAGCCCUACCUAGAGAUACCAGGGAUUGAACCUGAGAUCUUCUGCCAGCAAAGCAGAUACUCUGUCGCUGAGCUAUAUGCUAAGAGACCAGUGUGGUCUUCUCACCAGACCUCCUGUGUUGGUUCCAUCUUUUAAAAUUACUUGCAGAACUCUUCUGUACUGCCAACAUUACGUAUGUACAAAAACAAGGUAUGAUGGGAAAGUAUGAUGUGUAAAUAGAAACAUGGCAAAUGCAUAAAUUAAAGAAAAAAGCAGUAACGGAUCUUCAAUCCCACACCGUAACAGAAGCUGGAUCUACACUGACUUUUUUACCGUUAUUAGAACGAUAUUAAAUAUAUAUUUCUUAAACAUCACAGGGCAUACUGUUAAAACAAAAACGUUCCUUACCUGUUUCCUCCGUAACAACGCAGUUUCCCUGGUUGCUCUGCAAUUCUGUCUGGUGUUUUAAUAACGUAUUAUUAAUGUUACAGGCAAAACAUAGUAUGUCCAAAUACGUUGUGAUAACCGUUCUUUAACCCUUCCUUAAUGUUAUAAACCAUGAAUGUAGAUCCACCCAUAGUCUAAUUUUGAAGAAAACACAUUUUGAAAGCAACAAUUAAAUCUCCAAAGACCAUUCAGUACACUAAUUUCUACUCUAAUUGCUUCAGGCAAACAAACAUUAUUUCCUUACUUUGGCUAUGUCAAUCAUCCAAGGGGGCAAGGGGGCAUACAUGCAUGGAUUUCCAUUCUGCCCAUCAUCAUAGCAACAACCCUGUAAGGAAGACGAGAGUAAGUGGCAGACCUAAGGUCACCAAGUGAGCUUCUCAGCUGAGCUUGGAAAUCAAGAGUCUAAAAAAACCGAAGGUCUAAAAGGCUAACCUGGCUCGGAUAGUUCAUAUUCAAUUUAUAUACUUCUGAUAUAAACUAAGCAUGGAGUCUAGAAUGCACAUAAACACAUGAAGCUUCUAUAACUCUGUUGACCAACUCAUUUGGGUAUGAGGAAAUUUGUUACGGACAAAUCAUUGGUUUAAAGUAGUGUUUGGCUGAAGUUCACACACAUACUUUCACCGGGACAUUCAUGUAGUUGCGAAAGAGGGGAAAUUUUUCCAACUUUCAAGUGGAAGGUGAAUUCUUUUAACUUUUGAGAGUGUGGACUUCAUGAUCAAGGUGUCUCCCCUGCCAGGUAAGUAAGGGGCUGAUUUGUCAAGAAGGGUCAAAAAUAUUGUUAAGCUGGAGUUCCCACGAGUGAAAGGAGCAGGAGACAAAGGAAAAUACAGCUAUAAAUAUGAAGAAGAGCCGCGGAAGGGACAUGGAAGGGACUUAAGGGCCUCAGAUAUAAGAUUACCAGGUUAAUGCGCUAGAUUGAUGGGAUAAAAAGGACUGACAAAACCCGGGACCAGGAGGAAGAGACGCUGGAUGAAGAUUGGAUUGUUUUUCUUAUUUUUAUUAUUAGGGUUGUGUCAGGGAACUGACAUCGGAGCCAGAGGCGGAGGCGAGGCUCUCAAGCGAUGCUGGAGAAGGGACCAGCAGGCGGAGAGGCGGCUUACCAGCUGGGGAAGGAAAUCAGCGUAACACCAGGGAUAAAGGGGGGCAGAUGGGGGAAUCGGCGAGGGGGCUCCAGGACUCCUCGCCGGAGAUCAGCGAGGAGAGCACGGGUCCUCCGCUGCCUCGCCCUCCCUGCGCAGAAGACUUCCGCGCAGGGAGAAUAGGAGGAGACUUGGAGUCAAACAACUUUUAUGCUGGAAAAGGUUUAAGAAACGCCCACUGACGGAUUCUGCUAGCGACUGAGCAGCCACGAAGUGUAGGGCUGUCCAGACAGAAAAGGUUUAACAAGGCAAACUAGCCAGGAGUGGCACCAACUUGCGCACGAGUAACCCCUACAUUUAUUACAGGUUGUUUUUAUAAAAUUGAUGAAUGUUAGAAAAAUGUUGGAACGAAAUUAUCUGGCUUUAGCAAAAAUGUUUAAAGAAUUAUGUAAGAAUAUUAUGGUUAUGAGAAAUUGGUAAAAAUAAGAUUUAAGUUUUAAGCUUUAAGGUUUUUUAUAGUAAGAUAAGAUUAAAAUAGAUUAAGGUAAUGUAAUGACAGAAUAUUAUGAAAUAUGGAAAGGAUUUGCUGCGACAAUUAACAACCAGGAUACAAAAAAAGGGAGGAGGAGGAGGUCAAAGAAAGAAGGUAAUGACAGUUAAGGAUUUGAGAAUAUUGGAUUUGUUUUUAAAUGUUUGUGGUAAAUUUUUGUCUUUUGAUUGUUUGAUGUGGUUUGUUUUUUCUUUGUUUUUUCUUUCUCUUUUUCUACUUUGUUCUUUUUUGUAAUUCUAAAAUUUUUUUCAAUAAAUAUCAUUUAAAAAAGAGAGAGAGAGAGAUACCCCACCCUUUAUCCAAAAAAGGCUUUCAGAGCAGCUUACAAAGAUCAGUAUUAAGACGGCCCUCAGGCUUACGUUCUAAAAAGGCACAAGGAAAAAGGAAUGGGAGGGAGGAGGACAAAGCAACCUCAGUUGCAAGUUCUUAAGUCACAGUUCUAACAGCCAAGUUAAGAUCAGCAACUCCUCACCAAUGUCAGUGGUCAUUCUGAGUGUCUUGCCAGUGUGGUGUAGUGGUUAAGAGCGGUGGACUCGUAAUCUGGUGAACUGGGUUCGCAUCUCCGCUCCUCCACAUGCAGCUGCUGGGUGACCUUGGGCUAGUCACACUUCUUUGAAGUCCCUCAGCCCCACUCACCUCAGAAAGUGUUUGUUAUGGGGGAGGAAGGGAAAGGAGAAUGUUAGCCGCUUUGAGACUCCUUCGGGUAGUGAUAAAGUGGGUUAUCAAAUCCAAACUCUUCUUCUUCGAAUAAAAAGUGGUCCCCACUUGAAACGUUCCACCCGCCUCCAGAAUAGAUCUCAGAGCAGAUCCAGGAGCAACAUCCAAGCCCAAGAGGACAGGACAGCUCUUAGAAUCAUAGAAUCAUAGAGUUGGAAGAGACCACAAGGGCCAUCGAGUCCAACCCCCUGCCAAGCAGGAAACACCAUCAGAGCACUCCUGACAUAUGGUUGUCAAGCCUCUGCUUAAAGACCUCCAAAGAAGGGGACUCCACCACACUCCUUGGCAGCAAAUUCCACUGUCGAACAGCUCUUACUGUCAGGAAGUUCUUCCUAAUGUUUAGGUGGAAUCUUCUUUCUUGUAGUUUGGAUCCAUUGCUCCGUGUCCGCUUCUCUGGAGCAGCAGAAAACAACCUUUCUCCCUCCUCUAUGUGACAUCCUUUUAUAUAUUUGAACAUGGCUCUUCUCUCACACAGCUGACUUGAGGUGGCUUGGAAUGAGCGCAGCACUGCCAUUGUCAGCCAGCCUUGUGUCCCGUGUAAUGGGGAAAAAUCACUUUGCAGCACCAUUCCCCUUCGGCUAUUGUACAGGGAACAAUGUGGUACUGAUUGCAGCUCCACGGCAGUUGUUACCCACCAAACUAAAUGAAAUCCACCUUCUCCCUCUCAAAAUGCCUCUGCUAUUCAGCAACCUUGUGCCAGCCCUGUAGCCCGUGAAAUUACAAAACAAAAAUUGCUCAAAUACUCCAGCUAAUUGAACUAAUGUCAAACCUGGGAAUGCAGCAAGCCCCACCUAGUGGGGAAAGCCAGCAAUGGGCUUGAAAGUGAUACUCUGCGCUGUUGACUUCAAACUUGUAUACAGGUGACUCCCCACUUACACAGGGGUUAUGUACUGGGCUUGAAAUCGUGUAAAGCGGGGAGCAGCCUUUAAAUGCCCUCUCUGCUGCUUUCUCUUCAAUCCAUACCAAAAGUACUGUAUCCAAAAAUAUCCACAACUAGACUAUCUCUAUAUAUAGUCUAGGCAGGGGGUUGGACUCGAUGGCAGGGGGUUGGACUCGAUGGCCCUUGUGGUCUCUUCCAACUCUAUGUUUCUAUGAUUCUACGAUUCUGUAUAUGGUAUGUGUUGCUUUGUCAGUUUUGUGGUAAAAUGCUCCCUGGCCCGUUUUGCAAGUACAAUCUGUCCUUCUUAAGCUCAUCUGAGAGCUAAGCCGAUGGGGGAACGAGUUUGGCAAAUCAGUCUCUAUAUUUAGAUACAUGGGAGGGAGAGACUUAAUAUAGAUGUGAGAGCUUUUUAAAGAUUCCUUUACUUCCCCCUCCCUGCCACUGAGUUAAAAAUUAAAGUGCAUAAACCCAGAUGUUCUUCUGAUCAGUUUUUCACCUGCAUCAGAUGGGGAAAUGAGAAGGGACUGUGGCUCAGUGGACAACUUCAGAAGAUUGCUUUUCAGGGCUACAGCAGUGGAGGAAUUGUUUAAAUUCAACCUCUCACCUCCUGUAGGCCUAAUAAUCAUUACACACACUACCCAAACUGAUGCUAUGUCUUUAUUUUUUAAAAACCCUGCACUAUAGGAACAUUGGUCAGUGCAGUUCAGUGCUGUCUAUUCUGACUGGCAGAGAAUCUCCAGGAUUUCAGAUGGGGUCUGUCCCAGGUCCAGCCCUACCUAGAGAUGAUGGGGAUUGGACCUAGGACUUUCUGCAGCAUGAAAAGCAGAUGCUCUACCAAGGAGCUAUGGACCCUUGCCCUGAGCUAAAUGGCCUUCCAAACAUUAAAAUGAAAGACACUUUUUUUGCCUUCAGCAUCUCACCUAAUAUGGAACUCUGUCAUUAUGCCUCGAUCUAUAUUAUAUAUAUUAUAUAUAUUAUAUAUAUUAUAUAUAUUAUAUAUAUUAUAUAUAUUAUGGGACGAAGUUGGCGCUGUGGGUUAAACCACAGAGCCUAGGACUUGCCGAUCAGAAGGUUGGCGGUUCGAACCCCAUAGUCAUCGUCAUCAUCAUAAUCUCAUCAUCAUUUUAUUUGUAUACCUUUGACUGGACUUAAUCAUCCAGGGGUUCUUUACCUUUUACCUUUACCUAGGUAUAAUAGAGGGACAUGGGUGGUGCUGUGGUCUAAACCACAGAGCCUAGGACUUGCCAAUCGGAAGGUCGGUGGUUCGAAUCCCCAUAAUGGGGUGAGCUCCAGUUGCUCUGUCCCAGCUCCUGCCAACCUAGCAGUUUGAAAGCACGUCAAAGUGUAAGUAGAUAAAUAGGUACCGCUCUGGCGGAAAGGUAAAUGGCAUUUCCGUGCGCUGCUCUGGUUCACCAGAAGUGGCUUAGUCAUGCUGGCCACAUGAGCCAGAAGCUGUACGCCGGCUCUCUUGGCCAGUAAAGCAAGAUGAGCGCCGCAACCCCAGAGUCGGUCACGACUGGACCUAAUGGUCAGGGAUCCCUUUAUCUUUAUAUUAUAUUAGCAGGGAGUGCCUGGCACUGCCCGGGAAUUUGUAGAAACCAAAAGCACUUUGUGACUUUUUACAUGGAUAGUGUAAUAUCUCAAGAGGCAGCCUCACCUAUGGCCAAAAAAAUAGGUGAAGUCAGGCCAAAGGCACAUUUCAGUCUGCCAUCUUGAUUUAAAAUGGUGGUGGGUGCCCAAAUGUUUAAAACGACCACACACCCCAACUCAGGAACCCCCGUGCUGAGUUUGACAAGAGGUGGCCAAACUUAUGGACAGCAGAUGGGCAGACAGACAAACCACUUUUCAAAAUAUAUAUUAGAUGAGCCACUGUACAGUGUUAUAUGAGAGCUACAGAGACAACAGGAUCAAUUGAAUCUUUCAGCCAUGAUGCUUACAAGCGGACCUUAAGUCUAUUGCCAUCUCUCAGUCCCUCCUACCUUACAGGGUUAUUGUGAAGGUUAAACAAUGAGGAAAGAAAAGACUAUUGUAUGCCACCAUGAGAUGCCCUGAAAAAGUGUGGGAUUUUUUUAAAAAAAUGUAAUCAGUACACUGUGGAUACAUUGCACUACACUGUACAGCCCUCUUACUUCAUCCUCCAUAUGGGAUCCAAAAUCCGUCCUCCCUUUUCUGCACCGAAGCCAAAUGCCAAUGAAUGAUUACCUUGUCCUUUUAAUGAACCACUCAUGCACACAGAAAGAAGCACACCAAACAUAUCUUCAUCCAUGAGAAAUCUAAGAGCAAUUAUCAGUUGAUCUCUGAAGAGAGAACUGGUUUUCCUCUUCCACACAGUUUGCAAAAGACAACAUGCCCCUCACAAUCUCCUACACGGGCUGGAUGAAAUACUCUGUGCCCCUUAAAUCCUCCCACCUGAGACGAAAAAACAAGCACUGAACACAAAUGCUUGAUCAUGAUAAGGAACACCUUCAACCAGUAGCUUUUGUCUGUUCUGAAAGUCAUUGAAUGGGGGGGGGGAAUAUGGUGAUAAGAAAGCUAAUGGCCUCCCCCUUUCGACCUCAUGGGUGACAACUGGUGGGUUGAUUUCUUGGGAAGGGUUUAAAUGCCAGGGGGCUGUAGGCAUCCAGCAGCAGAAGAAGAAAGGAAGAGACUGAGUAAGCCAAGAUUGCUCCAAGCUCCACUCUCAGAUGUAAGUAAAUUUUGGAAUGACUGCUCUUAGACGAAUCUGUCAGUUUUGGCUUCUCUGAAUUUCUCAUUUUCCACAUCCAUUUAUAGAUAUAUAUUUUCAAAAGUCCUCAUGAGAAUUCAUCAGCAUUUUAGAGUGGAUUCCUUCUAACACAGUGUUACCUCUGGUUAUGAACUUAAUUCGUUCCGGAGGUCCGUUCUUAACCUGAAACUGUUCUUAACCUGAGGUACCACUAUAGCUAAUGGGGCAUCCCGCUGCUGCCGCCGUGCAAUUUCUGUUCUCAUCCUGAGGUAAAGUUCUUAACCUGAGGUACUACUUGCGGGUUAGUGGAGUCUGUAACCCGAAGUGUUUGUAACCUGAGGUGUUUGUAACCCGAGGUACCACUAUAUACAUAUUUGUAUGCCAUUUCCCAUACAUUUAUGCACAGCAAUUUUCUCUAAUGCAAUGCGUUUUUGGAGGUCAUUUCCACCAAUAUCUGCGUUUCUAUAUGCACACUUUACCAGAGUAUAUGCAUUUUUGUACACAUUACUCGUUUGAAGAACUGCAUUACAAAAUUCAGGAAAAAAUGUGGUUUUUCUCAGGAUGGAUGAGUUUCAGUUCAUGUAUUGUUUUGGGAAAUGCAAAUGACAUAAGUUUUCCUUUAAAAGCAAAUUGAAUUGAAUUUCUCUGACAUCCUUAGUCUACACACACACAAGCAUUUCUUUUGUCCUGCUAUUAUUUCAGAUUAAUCGAGUUUUGUAGGUUGUUACCCACACAUCACCUGCAGCAAAACCGAUUUACCAGGGGCAAUAAAGGAACAAAUGUAAAUGCCAUAGUGGGCAAUGCUGUCGCCCUCACCUGCUUUCAAGGUACCAAUCUCAGGAAGCCACCUUGUGCCUCUUUGCUUCAGUCUAUCCACUGUUCCCUUGCGUUGAUGAUGGUUCGGCACUGAUGAGCAGUGUGCAGUGGGAAUGUAGACCACAAAGUGAAAGAGCGUGAUCGUGUUGCCACUUAGAAAAGUUCUAGCAAGUUUGCAAUCAGCUCUUCAGCUUUUCUUCUUUUAUACAUGUAACCUAUCAACUGACCAUUAGAACAUCUUCUUCAGGGGACCUUUCACAAUGAAGACUGCUGUGAUCUGCUGGUGCCUUUUCAGCAUUGCCUUGGCUUUGCCAGUAAGUACAUUUGCAAAAAAGCAAAAAGCCAAGAAUUGUAAAUUUGUCUUAAUGGCUUGACAGCAGGAGAUCCAGCCCCAUCAUCUCUUUUUUCUACUUUCUCUCCCUCCAAGAUUCACCAUGAAAAAGAUGGCCAUGUUGAGAAGGACUGGGAAAUAAAGAAGGUAUGUAAUGUAUCCCCUCAUUUGCCUCCUGUGGAAAAUGAAGCACAGGCCAGGUGUCUGUAUGAUCACCCUAAUCCAGUAGAUCCAGUUUAACAACACUAAGGCAAAGCAUUAAUAACAAUAUUAACAUCUGAAUAGCAUUUUCAGGAGUUCAAAGUGCUUCACAUACACGUCGUAGUUGUAAUCUGUAUAACAACCCUAUGAAGAAAAUCAGUGUUAUUAGAUGUGGGGGGAACUGAUGCUCACAGACAACAGCCUAAGGCAGCAUAGAGAGGUGUUGAUGGAGAUGUUGUUCAAAUCAGGGACUUCCUGAUUCAUAGCUCGAUCUCUUAGACACUAUGCUGCACCAGCACACUGUAGUUUUUACUGCUUCUAAAGGAGCCUCUGGCACACCAGAAAGAAUCACAUCCCUAUGCUACUUCUUGGCAAACCUUUCAUUACGGCCUCCAUCUUUGAUAAUCCACUGAUCUACAGAAUCAGUCCAUAAGAACUCAGUGGCACGUAGAGCCCAUACAGUGAGGGACACAGGAGCGGCGCUCGGGCUCACACGUGCCCACCACAUGUGCAGAAUGCUCAACACAUGCUAGUACCUGCCCUUUAGAUCCAUCUGUUGUGUGUCAGAUGAACUGCACACACAGGCAAAUAACACACAGCACCCUAUGCAAAAUUUAGCUUUGCCCCUUUGUUCUGUGCGUGGAGACUGUGUAAAGUAGCCGUGUUGCAGCUUAAGGAAAGGUGUUUCUUAUUUCUUGGUAGACACAAUUUCCACGUUGUGUGAGUGGCAGUUCCUGUUCUGUUGAUUUUGUGAGCAGUUCCACAACCCAAGGAAACGUUACUGGUAGAACAAAGUAAUGGAGCCAGCUCAGUGGAAACUGCCGUUGCUGUGAGGACAUUAAUCUAUUCAAAAGGAACUCUGUAAUUAAGAAUAUCCCAUACCCACUCAUUUUUUUUAUUACUGGUGUGAUGGGAUGAUGAGCUGCUUGUGCGUAAAAUAGUAUCCCCUCAGAGUUUGUUCAAGUCCACAAACCUCUGUCUGUGACGGAGCCCCUCAGACAUGGCUCCUCUAGUCACUAGCAGAUUCCGACAGUGGUUGCUUUCGGAUCGCUUCCAACAUAAAAGCUCCUUAACGGAAACACGUCUUCUGGACUCUCUGCGUGACAGUUUCCGGCGAGGAGUGGGUGUUCCUACAGGAGGUCCUGAAACCUCCCCACUGUUUUCGCUGGAAGUGUCUCUGAGCCAUCCCUCCAGCUCACUUUCCCUCAGCUCAGCUCCUCUCCCCUACUGGUUCCCUCUUCAGCUGCUGAGUCUCUCCCAACCUGUGUGAGCCCUUUCACCUCCCUUCCUUCCGAUGGCAGUUCCCUGACAUCCACCUCCCCCUCCAGGGCCCCUUUCACCCCCUCUCGCCCCCUCCUCUACGGGCGGUGAGGAGGCAAAACCCCGGAAUGAACUUCCUUCAUCUUCCGAUGUCUCGAACACUUCUCUCCACCUGUUGCGGUUCCUGGUCUCGAAGUACUCCUCCUCCUCAGAGUCCAUCUCCCCUUCCCCUUCCGAGUCCGGGAAUCCUUCCAACUCCUCCUCCUCAUCAGUGGUCCCAAAGUAUUCCCUCCGGAACCUCUCCACAGGCUGAGGUUUCCUUGGGAACCUUUGAUGGAACGUUUCUAUCAAUACCUCGUCAUUGAUAUCUUCGGCCAUUACCCAAGUGUUUUCUGACUCCGGUUCUCCUUCCCACGCUACCAAAUACUCCACCUGAUCCCCCUUCCACCUGGCGUCGAGGAUUUCUGCCACAUGGCUGCUGCAUUCUCUUUCUUCUAUGACCGGUCCCGAGUGGCCAUCCCUUCUCGUCCCCCUUCGUACGGUGACAGUAACGACCUGUGAAAUACUGGGUGCAGUUUCAUGUGGUUGGGUAACCGGAGCCUGAAAGCCACUGGGUUGACCUGUUGAAUGACCUCAAAGGGACCCAACCUCCUGGGUCUUAAUUUCUUACAACCUCCUUUGAACGGCAACCCUUGGGUUGACAGCCACACCCUAUCUCCCACCCUUAUGGUUUCACCUUCCCUUCGGUUCUUGUCUGCCUGCCUCUUGUAUUCUUCCUUCGCCCUUUCUAAGUUGAGUUGGAGCUGACGAUGGAUUGCUUCCAUUUCUUCCACAAAAUGCUCGGCUGCCGGGACGCUCCAUCUCUCCCCAUCUCCCCUGGGAAAGCCCUGGGAUGACACCCAUAAUUAGCCAAGAAGGGGCUCAUCCCUGUGGACACAUUCUCGGCAUUGUUGUAGGCAAAUUCCGCCAGCGCCAACUUUUCUACCCAGUCAUUCUCUCUGUCAUUGACAUAACACCUCAGGUAUUGCUGGAGGACACCGUUUGCUCUUUCCGCCUGCCCGUUGGUUUCAGGGUGCCGGGCAGUCGAAAAAUUGACCUCCACCUGCAGUAAGCUCAUGAGCUUCCUCCAGAACCUGGAAGUAAAUUGUUUUCCUCGGUCUGAGACCACCCUCAAUGGCACCCCGUGCAACCUAAAAAUGUGUUCUACAAAUAACUUCGCUGUCUCUUCCGCCGUGACUGCAUGCGAGCAAGCUACAAAGUGGCACAUCUUUGUUAGUAGGUCUACCACCACCAUGAUGGCUGUUUUCCCUUUGGACUUCGGCAGAUCAGUCAUAAAAUCUAUCGACACUGCCUCCCAAGGUCGUUCUGGGGUUGGUAAGGGUUCUAAUAGCCCCGCCGGCGCCCGCCUUUCUCCUUUGGCUCGCUGGCAUUGCUCGCACCCUCUUACAUACUCACGUACAUCUUCCCUCACCUUAGGCCACCAAAAUUCCCUGGUGACCAACCACAUGGUUUUGUGUUGUCCAAAAUGCCCCGCCGUAGGGCUGUCGUGCAACUGCUUGAGUACCCUCCCACCUUAGGUCUCCUUCAGGGAUAUACAGUGCCCCUUUGUAAUACAAAGCUCCAUUUCUUUCCUCGAAACCCCUGGUUCCUCUCCCUCACCCCUAAGACCUCUGAGCUUAUUCUGGGCGUAUUCAUCAUUCUCUGUUUCCUCUACCAGUUCUCUUUGUCCCACCAAUGCCGCCCCACACACCCAGCGGUCCUCUGGAAUGACAUGUCUCUCUUCGGGUGCUCCCUCCCCUCCAAAUAUUCAGGUUUGCGUGAGAGAGCGUCCGCCCUAAUGUUCUCUGGGCCUGGCACGUAACCAAUCUCAAAGUUAAAUUUGGAGAACUCCUGGGCCCAUCUCACUUGCCGUUGGUUGAGCACUCGUGCCGUCCUCCAAUACUCUAGGUUCUUGUGGUCAGUGCACACUUGCACCUUAUGUUGUGCGCCAAUUAGCAGGUGCCUCCAUCUCCGGAACGCCUCAUGAAUGGCUAGUAGUUCUCGGUCAUACACCGUGUAGUUCCUCUCGGAUUUGUUCAGCUUUCGCGAAAAAAGGCACACGGUCUCCACUCUGACUCCUCCUUCCCUGGCUGCAGAAGCACCGCCCCAAUCGCUCUGUCUGAUGCGUCAGUUUCCACUCUCAUCGGUUUUUGUAAAUCCACAUGCAGGAGUUGUUGUUCCGAGGCGAAGGCCCUUUUUUAGUUCCUCAAAUGCUCGCUCCGCCUCCUCAGUCCAAACGAACUUCUUCUUACUGCUGAGACAGUCCGUAAUGGGCGUCGUCAGGUGGGCAAAGUUUCGGAUGAACUUACGAUAGAAGUUCCCAAAUCCUAGGAACCUCUGCACAUCCUUCCUUGUUUUGGGUGUUUUCCAUUCCAGCACCGCCUGGACCUUGCCGGGAUCCAUGGCCAAUCCCUUGCCUGACAGGCGAUACCCCAGGAAUUCCACCUCCUUGGUAUGAAACUGACACUUCUCCAGUUUCACCCACAGCUGGGUGGCUUGCAGCCUGCUCAACACUUCUCUGACGUCUCUCACAUGCUGCUCCUCAUUCUCAGAAUACACCAACACGUCGUCUAAGAAGGCCACACAAUUCUUGUAAAGCAAAGGCCCCAGGACGUGGUUCAUAAACGAUUGAAAGCAUGCGGAGCCUGCUUGUAGGCCGAAGGGCAUAACCAAAUAUUCAAAUGCCCCUAAAGGGGUGAACAUGGUGGUUUUCCAUUCAUCCCCCUUCCUUAUUCAGUAUCAGGUUGUACGCCCCCCUUAGGUCCAGCUUUGUGAAAAUCUUUCCCUUCCGCACCCUUGUCAAAAUGUCGUCAAUCCUGGGCAUAGGGAAGGCCACUGGUUCUGACACUGCAUUUAAGGCCCUGAAGUCACACACCAGCCUCGGCUUGUUCGUGUUUUUAUCCACAAAAAACACUGGGCUGCCCCCACCGCCCUGGACUCUCUGAUGAACCCUCUCUUCAGGUUCUUGUCAAUGAACUCUCUUAGCUCCUGCAUCUCUCUGUCUGACAUGGCGUACAGCUUGCCUACAGGGAGCUGUGCCCCAGGGAGUAAAUUGAUUUGACAGUCAAAGGGUCUAUGCGGGGGUAGUUGGUCAGCUUCCCUUUCGCUGAAGACGUCGCGGAGAUCUGCGUAUUGUCGUGGUACCUUCACGUUCUCCGUUACUUCCGUCCCUGCUAGGGUGGCUUGGGCCCCUGCCAAACCCUUUCCCUCUUUGCAGUGUUCUAAGCAAUGUGCUGAACCAAAAGAAACCACUCUCUGAUGCCAGCCCACCAGCGGAUCAUGUAACGCUAGCCAGCUCAUCCCCAAUAUAAUGGGAGCUCCUCCCAAGGUGGCCACAUUAAACGCUAUCAGUUCGGUGUGCCUUGCCACCUUCAUUAUCAUUGGGACGGUCUGCAAGCUGACUUCUCCUCCCAACAGCUCCCUGCCGUCGAUCGUGGUCACCUGCAGGGGUUGCUUAAAGGAUCGUCUGUAUCUGGUGUUCAGCUGCAAACUCUUUGCUCAUGAAAUUGCAGGAGCUGCCUGAGUCCAACAGCGCCUUUAUCUUUAGAGGGUGUCCGUUUGGCAGCUCUAGCGCCACUUCUAUCACUAGGGCGGGUUUAGGAGGUUCUGGCGUGGGCACUCUCACUGCUCUUUGGCCUGGCUGCUGUGCCCCGACGGUGGCAGCCAGGCGUUGGCUUUACUUGCUCCGGUAUUUCUUCCUCUCUUCCCUCCACAGCUCCUACCAUCCCUUGCCAUUCCUUCCUCUGGGGGCAGACUCUGGCAAAGUGACCUGGCUGUUGGCAGAGAUAGCAUUUCCGGGCGCGUUUUCCCUCCUUCUUUACCCCCUCACUUUGCUAUGAAACAGUGAGCGCGCGCGCUGUUCCGAUUUCCAUCUGCUCUGCCGGCGGGAAAGUUGGCUCUGGAAUGUCUGGAAUGCGGAACUCCUUCCAACGUUCCCCCCUUCCCUUCCCGCCUCUCCAAUGCUCUCGCCUCCUGGCGCGCUCCUAUGGUCAGCGCUGAUUUGGUCAGCUGGUCCAUAGACUCCGCCCUGGGCGCCCGGGAAAGUUCGUCUUUCACAGCCGAAGAAAGCCCUUCUUCAAAGAGCAUUUGAAUGGGUUCCGCCGAUAAGUCCCACCCCAAUCUGUGAACCAGCAUGGUGAACUCAGUCCAGUACUCACGGACAGAUAGGCUCCCCUGUUUGCAAGCCAUUAACUGUCUGCGCACCACUCCCUGUUCAAUAUCGCUGGAAAACAUCAGAUCCAUGGCGCGAAAGAACUUCAUCGUGUCCUUUAGGACGUCACUAUUCGCUGCCAUCAGGGGUCUAACCCAGUCUCUCGCCCCUUUUCAAGAUGCCCAAUCACGAAAGCCACUCGUGAUUCCUCGUCAGGGAAUUCAUCAAACUGCAGAUUGAGGGCAUAUUGCAUCUCUGUCCGAAAGCCAUGAUAGUCUUUGGGCUCCCCCCCAAACUUCUGCACCAAUCCUGGUACCUUUCUGGCGAGCUGGGUGGCUUUCCCUUUUGUCUGCAUCCUGAGCCCUCCUCUCCUCAAGCCUCGCCGUCUGCAGCGCUAGCUGGACCUCCAACACCCGGUACCUUUCUUCCAGGCUUGGACCCGCUCCAGCUCCUGCUUCUCCGGUUCCGGCUGGGUUGCUCAUGAUGCCUUCUCCUGCACAAGCUGCUUUCAAUGACUGUCGGAAUGCUGUGAUGGGAUGAUGAGCUGCUUGUGCGUAAAAUAGUAUCCCCUCAGAGUUUGUUCAAGUCCACAAACCUCUGUCUGUGACGGAGCCCCUCAGACAUGGCUCCUCUAGUCACUAGCAGAUUCCGACAGUGGUUGCUUUCGGAAUCGCUUCCAACAUAAAAGCUCCUUAACGGAAACACGUCUUCUGGACUCUCUGCGUGACAGUUUCCGGCGAGGAGUGGGUGUUCCUACAGGAGGUCCUGAAACCUCCCCACUGUUUUCGCUGGAAGUGUCUCUGAGCCAUCCCUCCAGCUCACUUUCCCUCAGCUCAGCUCCUCUCCCCCUACUGGUUCCCUCUUCAGCUGCUGAGUCUCUCCCAACCUGUGUGAGCCCUUUCACCUCCCUUCCUUCCGAUGGCAGUUCCCUGACAACUGGUAUUGAUUUUAUCACAUAAGGAUUCUAUUUUGGAAGGAUUUUGGAGGUCAGUCUUCUCCUUAAAAAGCCAGAACUUCAGGCACUUAGGAGGCUGGUGCAAAACAUGUCCCAUCCACUGAUGGAAAACUGUGUAUGUAAACUUCACCAAACAAUCCACGGGUUUCAAUUAUGAUCACUGAUAACAUGAAGAUUACUCACCUCGAGUUUAAAAACUAUCUGACAGUCAUGAGGCAUAUAGUAAGUGUCAAAUGGAAUACUCAUAUUAGUACCUUUUCUGUGUUUUAAGAGCGCUGAGGUUAAUUCUGAUCACCAGGGAAAAGAAGCUGAAGCAGCCAAAGAAAAAACUGAACAGGUAUGUAAAGCUUCCUUCGUGCUGAACAAAUAUGGGAAAGACAACGUCAUAUUGUGAGAUUUAUUUUUAUUUGCACAUUAAUAUUUGGUAUUUGAUUUCAGGAACACUGGUUUCUAGAAGGAAGCGAUAAAACUAAGGAAGGAAAGGUAAAAACCUAAAAGGACCCUGUUGCACACAUUCCGGUCUCCUUAACAAAGGAACUGCUUUAACAGGUUUUGCUCUACUAGAUUCUAAACCUCACAAGCACAGGAUCACAGUUUUGGAAGGGAUCCACAGGUAUAAUACAGACUGACACAUGCACCCCAUCCCCAAAAACAUUGAGUAGUUAUGGCAAAGACAAUGUCAGUGUGUGUGUGUGUGUGUGUGUGUGUGUGUGUCACAUUAAUACUUGAUAUUUGUUUUCAGGACCAUUCAUCUCCAGCAGAAAGCGAUAAACCUAAGGAAGAAAAGGUAGGAAAUCCUGUUGCACACACCCCAGUCUCCAAGCAGCAAGAGAUUCCAUGGGACCCUGCGCGUACCCAAGGUUCCGAUCCCUUGGAGUGAAGGUCAAUGGAGACUGUGGUGUCCUUAGGGCAUAUGGUUUCAUAUACACAUAUAUACAACCUGAGCGUAAGAUUCAGGGGUUCACAGCAUGAACACCCCAACAGCUCUUCUUUCCCCAUUAUGUUUUAAGAAAAGUCCCAAGUCACCAUUUUAGGUAAAGCACCACUUCUUUUUCUUCUUCUUCUUCUUCUUCUUCUUCUUCUUCUUCUUCGGCAAUCACUUGUAGCCGAGUAAGACUGUCUUCCAUAAACACAGUUUUAAAGGUGAGUCCGUAAGUGACUAUGGAGGCCAAUUUUGCACCCACAUGUCCUUCUCAGUGGGGACAUAGGUUUCUGGGUGGGAGUUGAUCAUGGUAAGGGUUUGCCAUGCAUGCCUUCCUAUUAGCACGUUUCUCCCUUUCAUCCUGAGUUCCAGCAUCUUCAGAACUCAGGACACCUUUGGUAAAGGCUGUUCUCCAAUUGGAGCGCUCACAGGCCAGUGUUUCCCAGGUGCAACACAGAGCAGACAUGUCUCUGUCUCUUCAGCUUCCAGCAGCAGCAAAAACUCUCUCACACAGUGCCACCCCUACCCCCUGCCGGUGUACUGCUCUCCAUCCUAAGAUGGUGCGGCAUCCAGUCAGGUGAAGUGUGAAAAUAUCCACACAUUUGUCUCUAUGGCAACAGAGCUCACUUUUUUAGAUGCUGAUGAGGGCACUUAAUUGGCCAGCCAAAGCCAAUACCUUAACAAAGGAACUGGUUUAACAGGUUUUCUUCUACUAGAUUCUAAACCUCACAAACAUAGGAUCACGGUUUUAGAAGGGACCUACAAGUAUAAUCCAGACUGACACACAACCCCAUCCCCAAACACAUUGAGCAGUUAUUGGAAAUACAAUGUCAGUCUCUCUCUCUCUCUCUCUCUCUCUCUCUCUCUGUGUGUGUGUGUGUGUGUGUGCGUGUGAUAUUAAUAUUUGGUAUUUGUUUUCAGGACGAUUCAUCUCCAGCAGAAAGCGAUAAACCUAAGGAAGAAAAGGUAGGAAAUCCUGUUGCACACACCCCAGUCUCCAAGCAGCAAGCGAUUCCAAGGAAGCCUGCGCGUACUCAAUGUUCAGUUUCCUUGGAGUGAAGGUCAAUGGAGACUGAGGUGUCCUUAGGGCAUAUGGUUUCAUAUACACAUAUAUACAACCUGAGUGUAAGAUGGAGGGGCUCACAGCAUUAACACCCCAACAGCUCUUCUUUCCCUAUUAUGUUUACAGAAAAGUCCCAAGUCACCAUUUUAGGUCCAGCACAGAGCAGACAUGUCUCUGUCUCUCCAGCUUCCAGCAUCAACCAAAACUCUCACACAUAGGACUCCCCCCACCAGUCUAUUGUUCUCUAUCCUAAAAUGGUGUGGCUUCCAGGCAGUUGAAGUGUGAAAACGUCCAUCCAUUUGUCUCUAUGGCAACAGAGCUCACUCUUUUGGAUGCUGAUGAGGGCACUUAACUGGCCAGCCAAAGCCAGUACUGCUUUAACAGGUUUAUUCUGUGUUGUUGUUCAGUCGUUUAGUUGUGUCCAACUCUUCGUGACCCCAUGGACCAGAGCACGCCAGGCACUUCUGUCUUCCACUGCCUCCCGCAGUUUGGUCAAACUCAUGCUGAUAGUUUCAAGAACACUAUACAACCAUCUCGUCCUCUGCCGUUCCCUUCUCCUUGUGCCCUCCAUCUUUCCCAACAUCAGGGUCAUUUCCAGGGAGUCUUCUCUUCUCAUGAGGUGGCCAAAGUAUUGGAGUCUCAGCUUCAGGAUCUGUCCUUCCAGUGAGCACUCAGGGCUGAUUUCCUUAAGAAUGGAGAGGUUUGAUCUUCUUGCAGUCCAUGGGACUCUCAAAAGUCUCCUCCAGCACCGUAAUUCAAAAUUCUAGUAGGUUUAUUCUACUAGAUUCUAAACCUCACAAACACAGGAUCACAGGUUUGGAGGGCACCCACAAGGAGAAUCCAGACUGACCCCCCCCCAUCCCCAAACACAUUGAGUAGUUAUGGGAAAGACAAUGUCAGUGUGUGUGUGUGUGUGUGUGUGUGUGUGUGUGUGUGUCUAUAUAUCACAUUUAUAUUUGAUAUUUGUUUUCAGGACCAUUCUUCUCCAGCAGAUAGCGAUAAAACCAAGGAAGAAAAGGUAGGAAAUGCUGUUGCGCACACCCCAGUUUCCAGACACACUGAACAGUUAUGGGAAAGAUGACAUCAUAAUUUGAGACACAAUCCCCCUCCCCCCACGCUACUUGUGUUUGGUAUUUAUUUUCAGAAGCAUUCUUCUGAAUCUGAAAGCGACAAAGCCAAGAAAGAAAAGGUAAGAAACCAAAAAGAGUUUACUAUUUCACAACAUUUGUGAAGAAAAAAGUUAAAAAGAAGUUCGCAAGUGCAAAACUCGCCUUGGUCCCUUUCUCUGUGUUUUAAGCAGGCCGAGAUUCAUAACGAUAACCAGGACACAGACACUCAAGCGACGGAAGUGGUAUGUAAAACCUCCUCCCCGCUGAACUGAGAAGGGAAAGACAACAUCAUAUAGAAAGGGAGGGAAAUGGUUUUCCAUGCACUAGCAUUUGAUAUUUGUUUGCAGGACGAUGUUUCUUCAGAUGAAAGUGAAAAGAUUGAUACACAAGAGGUAAAAAGGACUUUGCGCUAACUAGUUUGUAACUGUAAUUUUUUAAAAAAGGCUUUAGCUGGCUCAGUUAUACAUCCCUGUCUUUGGAUCCCCUGUUGCGCAGGUGUGAGGAGGGCCUGAAGUUCAGAGACAGCAGUUUGCCUAAGGUCACCGUCAUGGGGAAUCUAGGGCAGAAGCAGGAACCAAAGCAGGGAAUUCCUAAUAUGUAACUAAUGUGUUAACAGCUUUAGUUUCUACUGCAAAUAUAGGAGCAUCUUAUCUUUGACAUGACAGGAAGAGUCAUUUAGUUCUAUCCUACUUCUCUGGCAAAUUGCUCUUAAAAAACACAUGCCCUCAAGAUCGGGCAUCCAUUGAUUUAUUACUCAAUCAUGCCUUAAGGAACUCCCAGUACCAGUUCACAGAGUUCCCCAUGACAGGGGGUGCUGGUGUGGCACUAGGGCUGAGAUGUGCCUAGUUCAAGUGAAAAAUGUUACAAAUAAUAAUAAUAAUAAUAAUAAAAUUUAUUUAUACCCCACCCUUCCCGGUUCAAAAAACGGGCUCAGGGCGGCUAACAACAAAUUUAAAUCACUUAAUUAUAAAAGCAGCAUAAAUUACAGUAUAAAAACAUGAAUAACAAUAAAAUUCAAAGUUCAGAAAUCAAUUUAGGGGAAAUCCAUCUAAUAAGCAUUAGAUAAUCACCAGGGCUAGCUGGCUGAAUUGGUCCUACUUGGGCCAGCGAGGAGGCCAGGGGAGAAUUAGCUGUGGGGUCUCAGAGCGGGUAAUCUUCAUAAAAGGGGAGAGGGAGGGAAGAGAAGGGAAAUAAAAGAUCAGGCUGAAUUCAGAUUAAUCACCAGGCGGAAUAGCUCUGCCUUACAGGCCCGACGGAAGGAGGUUAAAUCCUGAAGGGCCCUAGUCUCAUGGGACAGAACAUUCCACCAGGUCGGAUCCAUCACUGAAAAGGACCUGGCCCUGGUGGAGGAUAGUAUAACUUCCUUAGGGCCCAGGAGAUGGGUUGUGCAUACAAAUAACAGGUAGCAGCUUACAUAAAAAUUUGUUCAUGCCCCACAACCUAUGCAGAGUCUAUAUAUUCAAGCCUGUGUAAAACAGCCCUCCGUGUAGUGACUUAAAGAAAGACCUCCCUUAUUUCUUAGUGCUGUUAUUGCCACACAGGGUGUGCAAAAAUUCCUGCUUUGUUGAUUUGGAGAGCAGUUCUGCAGUUCAGUGAUAAGUUCCUGAUAGAAUGGAGUGGUAUAAAACACAAUAUUCAGUGGAGCCUUUCUUUCCCAUGAUGACAUUAAAUCACCCAAAAAGGAAUUAUGUAAUGCAAUUAAUUACAUGCAAUGCCUCCAGACCUCCUUCUGUUAACAGAGUCCCAUCUUUAAACACUGGUGUUGAGUCUGUCUCAUAAGAAUUCUGUCUUGCCAGGGUUUGGGAAGUCAAUCUUCCCACACAGAACUUUAUGCACUAAGUAGGUUAGUCCAUGAUGCAUCCACUUCACCAAAAAUCCCAGAGAAGUCAGCUAUGAUUAUUGGCAAUAUUGAGGCUUCCAACUUCAGGGAUAACUCCUAUCUGAAAAGCAUGAUGUCUGCAGCGAGUGUCAAAUGGAAUACUCAUGUUGGUACUUUUUCUGUGAUUUAAGGAUGCUGAGGUUAAGUCCGUUGAGCAGGACAAAGAAGCUGAAGCAGAAAAAGAAAAAAGUGAAAAAGUAUGUAAAUCUUGGUCCCCAUUGAUUGGUCUCCGCUGCCAUUAUUAUUAUUAUUAUUAUUGAAUUUAUAUACUGCCCUAUACCCGGAAGUCUCAGGGUGGUUCACAGAACAAAAUCAAAAUAUAAAACCACAAAAUAUAUAAUCAAACUAAACACACACACCCAAUCAAAAUAACCACAACACCAAUAUAGCAUCCUUGUCUAGCUACAAGCGAUAGCACCAAGGUUAAAAAAAAUGGUUUGUUGUUGUGGUGGUUUUGAAAAAAAGAUUUUGGAGGUCAGCAUGAAAAUCGAGAACUUCAGGCACUAAGCACUGGUGCAAAACGCAUACAAUCCACUAAUGGAAAACUGCACCAUAGGUAAACUGCACCAUAAAAUAAACAGGAUUCAGUUAUGAUCAUGGAUCAUAUGAAGACUUCUCACUUCAGAGAAGUUCCUAUCUGACAGUUAUGAGGCAUGAAGUAAGUGUCAAAUGAUAUACUGAUAUUGAUAUUUUUUCUUUGCUUUAAGCAUGAUGAUGAUCACCAGGAGAAAGAAGCUAAAGCAGAAAAAGGAAAAACUGAAAAGGUAUGCAAAGCUUCCUUUCUGCUGAAUAGAUCUGGGAAAGACAACAUCCUAUUGUGAGAUGUGAUUUAUUUACAGUGGUACCUUGGUUCUCAAACUUAAUCCGUUCUGGAAGUCCGUUCCAAAACCAAAGUGUUCCAAAACUAAGGCACACUUUCCCAUAGGAAGUAAUGCAAAAUGGAUUAAUCCAUUCCAAACUUUUUUUUUAAAAAAAAAGAACAACCCAAAACAGCAAUUUCACAUGAAAUUUCCUAUCUAACAAGACCAUUGAUUCAUAAAAUGAAAGCAAUAAACAAUGUACUGCAGUCACACAGUCAAUCAGUAGCUGAACUGGGUUCCACAAUGUCACACACCAAAAGAAAAAGAGCCACAAAAACGCAAAAUAAAUAGCAAAAACAGACAGACCUCAGCAUAACACUCUAAACGGAAGUGUGGGGCUCGAAAUAGAAGUGUGGCACUCAAAUCAGAAGCAUAACACUCAAAAAGGAGCACAUUCGACUUCCGAAAAAAGUUUGCAAACCGGAACACUUACUUCCAGGUUUGCAGAGCUUGGGUUCCGAGUUGUUUGAGAACCAAGGUGUUUGAGAACCAAGGUACGACUGUAUUUUUUACAUGUUAAUAUUUGGUAUUUGUUUUCAGGACCAUUUGACUUCAGCUGUAAGUGACAAGGCUGAAGAAGAAAAGGUAAGGAACCUAAAAGGACCCCGUGGCACACACCCCAGUCUCCAAGCAGCAAGAGAUUCCAUGGGACCCUGCACAUAGCCAAGGUUCCGAUCCCUUGGAGUGAAGGUCAAUGGAGACUGUGGUGUCCUUAGGGCAUAUGGUUUCAUAUAUACACAUCUAUACAACCUGAGCGUAAGAUGGAGGGGCUCACAGCAUGAACACCCCAACAGAUCUUCCUUCCCCAGUUGGUUUGCAGGGAAGUCCCAAGCCACCAUUUUAGGUCCAGCACAGAUCAGCCAUGUUUCUGUCUCUCUGAAAGACAACGUCAUAUUGUGAGAUGCAUUUUCCCAACACACACACGUGUUUGAUUUUUCUUUUCAGGAGCAUUCUUCUAAAGCUGAAAGCGACAAACCCAAGGAAGAAAAGGUAAGGAACCAAGAGAGUUACUAUUUCACAAAGGAACUGCUUUGACAGGUUUCUUCUACUAGAUGCUAAACUCACAAAUACAGGGUCACAGGUUAGGAACAGACCCACAGCUAUCAUUCAGAGUGUCUCCCCCAAACCUAUAACACACUGAACUAAUAUGAGAAAGAAAACACCAUAUUGUGUGAUACGAUUUUUCACAUACUGUACUAGUUUUUGAUAUUUGUUUUCAGGACCAACCUUCUAAUGUUGGGAGCGGGAAAACCAAGGAAGAUAAGGCAAGAAAACGAAAAGGAUUCUAUUUCACGACAACUGGGACAUUCCUCCUCUAAGCGGUUUAUAACGGCAAUAUUUCAGAAUGGUUUCACGGGCUCAGUUACAGAUCCUCCUUUCAUUGCUAAUGUUCUGAUAGAGCCCAUUUAAUUGUUCAGCUUUGGGUUUUAAAGACGUGGAUCAGAUAUAAUGCCAUAUCAUUGCUUGGUGCUUCAUACAUGAGUCUUGAGUGCUUCUGCCUCUACAUCUCCCUGUACUCUCUCAAGCUCCAAGCUCUCGGAACUGCAUAAUUAGUCCAAAGCAGGCCAACGAUAACUACUGCAACCUAUAUUGUGGGUUAAACCACAUAGCCUAGGAUUUGCCGAUCAGAAGGUCGGCGGUUCGAAUCCCCGCGACGGGGUAAGCUCCCGUUGCUGGGUCCCUGCUCCUGCCAACCUAGCAGUUCGAAAGCACGUCAAAGUGCAAGUAGAUAAAUAGGUACCACUCCGGCGGGAAGGUAAACGGCGAUUCCGUGAGCUGCUCUGGUUCGCCAGAAGCUGCUUAGUCAUGCUGGCCACAUGACCCAGAAGCUGUACGCCGGCUUCUUCGGCCAAUAAAGCGAGAUGAGCACCGCAACCCCAGAGUCGGUCAAGACUGGACCUAAUGGUCAAGGGUCUCUUUACCUUUACCUUAUGGACCACUUCAGCCUUUGAAAUUAGCAAACUGAACAGGCCUAUAAUCAAUAAAACAGGCGUUCCAGCCACCAAAUCAUUUAUGUUUCCACCAAAAGGCUUUUUACUAAAACACAGCAGUGUGUUGUGGACAGAGCCGGAUUUACGUAUAAGCUAAAUAAGCUAUAGCUUAGGGUCCCACUCUCUUGGGGGGUCCCCCCAAAAAUUUCACUAUUAAUAUACUUCUUAAUUGUAUUUCAGUUCAACAAUUACUUUGAUAAAAUACAUAUUUUGUUAUGUGCAAAUGGCUUUAGAUACCUAUUAGGUCCAUAAAUUACCAUAUAGCAUAUAUUCAACACAAAAAAACAGUGACAAUUUGUUGUUGACAAAGGACAGCAGGAUAAAUAAAGGGCCCCAAUGCGUUCAGUAGCUUAGGGCUUCAUCAAACCUAAAUCCGUCCCUGGUUGUGAAUGAAAUAUUGAAAUACUAGGGCAUGGCAGUUUCAUUUUGAAGUAUUGCUCAUAUUUUUAUUUUUUUUCUGUGUUUGAAGGAUUCUGAAGAUAAGCCUACUUCCAAGAGUACCCGGGCGCUGAAAACACCGGUAUGUGAAACCUCCAUUCCACUGAAACAGAGACAUUUCCCCCUUUCCCUCUCAUUCACACAAGUACUGGAAAUGCAGGUGGUAGACUCAGGAUGGUCAAAACAAAGUUAUGUGCACUGCACAGAACAAGCAUAUGAAAUGAGCUUUAUCAGGUGGGUUGCUGGCUUAGAACAGGGGUGGAGAACCUGUGUCCAGCCACGUGCUGUUGGGCGCUGAGUUCCUACACAGCACAGCCAAAAUGGCCAGCAGCCAGACAUGAUGGGAGUUGAAGGGCAACAAUAUCUGGUAGGCCAGCGCCGAGGGCCUUCUGGCGGUUCCCUCACUGUGAGAAGCGAAGUUACAGGGAAACAGGCAGAGGGCCUCCUCGGUAGUGGCUCCCGGCCUGUGGAACACCCUCCCAUCAGAUGUCAAGGAAAUAAACAAUUGUCUGACUUUUAGAAGACAUCUGAAGGCAGCCCUGUUUAGGGAAGUUUUUAAUGACUGAUGUUUUAAUGUCUUUUUAAUAUUUUGUCGGAAGCCGCCCAGAGUGGCUGGGGAAACCCAGCCAGAUGGGCAGGGUAUAAAUAAAUUAUUAUUAUUAAGGCCACAGGUUCCCUACCACUGGCUUAGAAAUUGUUAAAUGAGGAUAAAUCAAUGGUGUGUCAGCCAUGACAGCUAAAUGGCAGCUCUAUAUUGUGCCAGUUGCUAAUGGGUAAACAAUCAAGGUGAGCUCUUGCCUUUGAGCCCUGUAUGUUGGCCUCCUGGAAGCAUCCAACUGGCCAAUUUAAGGCUGCAUCUACAUUGAUCUUCUAAACAUUAAACGUUAUUAAAUGUAACGUUUUAUACCGCUUAAUGACAGUUUUCCAUCGCCGGUGGCUCGCUGCUCUGCAGUGCCCUCUGGUGUCACAUUUUAAUAACACACUUUUAAUGUUGUAAAAGGGAUGCGGGUGGCGCUGUGGGUUAAACCACAGAGCCUAGGACUUGCCGAUCAGAAGGUUCCCCGCGACGGAAGUGAGUUCCCGUUCCUCGGUCCCUGCUCCUGCCGACCUAGCAGUUCGAAAGCACGUCAAAGUGCAAGUAGAUAAAUAGGUACCGCUCCAGUGGGAAGCUAAACGGUGUUUCCGUGCGCUGCUCUGGUUCGCCAGAAGUGGCUUAGUCAUGCUGGCCACAUGACCCAGAAGCUGUAGGCCAGCUCCCUCAGCCAAUAAAGCGAGAUGAGCGCCGCAACCCCAGAGUCGGCCAUGACUGGACCUAUUGGUCAGGGGUCCCUUUACCUUUACCUUUAACAUUAUAAACGACGAGUGUAGAUCCGCCCUAAGACUCUUGAUCUGACUCAGAAGGGCUCUUUAUAUUUAAUACCGUGGAAUUCAUGGAAUAUAAUAUCCCGCCACAAACUAAAUGUUUGAAACAACUUAACUCCUUAUCAGUUCUAUCAAAAGCAUAUUUAACUAUGUUUUAAUUAGCCAAAUUUUAGUCUUUCGACUCUAUCUCUAUUUUCUGACCAAAGCAACUGAUGAACUGCUGAGAUUUAUUCCUAUAUUCAGCAGUAUAAUGCAGAACCUCAAAACAUGCGCUGUAAACUGGCAUAGAAUGCUUCCUCCCUGGUGAACUACAGUGGGAAAGGCAACCUUUUGCAGAAAAGAUAAAUUAUGACUGGGAGAGCCCUUUGUUUCUGUAAUGAAGUUACAGUCUUGUGUGGUGGAGAGAGCUUUAGCAGCUGAAAAGUUUCAUUUUUGAAUACUGAUUUUGGUUCUCUUUCUGUGGCUCAGGAUGCUGAAAAUCAACCUGCUUUCAGGAAUCUGGAAAAAGUUGGUCUGGUAUGUAAAGCAUCAUGGUCAUUAAACUGCCCAAAGAAAUGUAGCAGGAAAGUGUCAUUAUUGGUGGAAUUAUGAAUUCUAACUUGCUAACAAAACAAAUAUUAUUUGGAGCAAUCACUUGACCAACAAUCCAAGGAAUUAUGGCUAGACUUUUCCUUGCUAUGGAUACGAUUUUAUUGUUGAUGUGGGCCAUAUGUGACAGCUAAUACACUGCAACCCUAACCCCACUUACUUGAGAGUAAGCCCCAUUGAAUUCAAUAGGACUUACUUCUGAGUGAACAUGGUUAGGAUUGUGCUGUUUGUUGCUACACUGCAUACGGAACAAGAAGUGUGAAAUCAUCUGCCAUCUUUCACCACCUAAGCAGUGAUGCAGAAAACUAAGAGUAAUCAGUCCAAAGAGGAGCCCAUCAAUAAUGUUCCAAUGAGAAUAUUGUGCUUUCAUCGGGAGAUAUAUGACUUUCUGCAUUCUUGAUUUUCAGAAAUCAUUUGCUUUGGACGUGAGAGAAGAUGACCAGGAGGUGAGAUGGCAGAAUUCAAUAAAGUCAAACGUUUGUCUUUUCUUGUUUAAUUAUUACAGUAGCAGCUUUCAUUAUGCAUUCAUCAGUUUUAGGUCGGAUACCCCUUUCAAUAUUACCAUUUAACGUAUUUUUUGCACUAUAAGACACACCCGACCAUAAGACGCACCUAGUUUUAGAGGAGGAGAACAAGAAAAAAAAUAUUCUCUCCCUCUCUGUCCAGCGCCUCUCCAGCACUGAAGAGGCGCUGCACAGAGAGAGAAGCGAGGUGAAGUCAGAACAGCAAGAGGGAUCGCUGCUUUCACGAUCCCUCUUGCUGUUCUGGCUUCUUGGAUAGCUGCGCAGCCUGCAUUCGCACCAUAAGACUCAAACACAUUUCCCCUUACUUUUAAGGAGGGGGAAAGUGUGUCUUAUAGAGCGAAAAAUACGGUAUGUUUCUUCUAAUGUUUUUCUUUCUUUGCAUUUUUUGAAGUAAAAUAGUUCCUAUCUGUGUUGUAAGCAUGUUCCCCCCAGAGCAGGAAUAGGAACCUGACGUCUUCCAGAUGUUGUUGGAUAAAUUAUGACCCUCUGUUGCUUUUAUUAAGUUCCACUCUUAUGUGGCGGAGAGAUUAUGAAUGGGAAAGUUUCAUUCUGAAUACAGUUUCUGGUUCUUUUUUAAGGCUCAGGAUGCUGAAAACCAUCCUGCUGUCAGACAACUGCAAGCUCUAUUAGAAGAUUUUCAGGUAUGUAAAGUAUCUUUGCUGUUGAAUUCUCCAGAGAAAUAUAGCAGGAAAGUAUCCACAAGGUUCAGGGUCAGGAAUUAUGACUCCUACCAUGAUAACAAAAAAUAUAAUAAAAUUGGAGCAAUAACUUGACCAUUAAUAUGAGGAAAUAUAGCCAGAUUUUUCCUUGCUAUAGGUAGGAUUUAAUUGCUGGUGUGGCCUAUAUGCGACAACUACGAAUGCUCCAAUCCUGACACCAUUAACCUGGGAUUAAGUUACACUGCAUUCAGUAGAGCUUACUUCUGAGGGGGCAGUCUUAGAAUUGUGCUGUUUGUUACUAUACUACAUUCUGAACUAGAAGUGUAGACACUCCUGCCCUCUCGCACCACCUAAGCACUGAUGCAGAAAUCUAAAGGUUGUUGUUUAGAUUAGUCAUUUAGUCGUGUCUGACUCUUCGUGACCCCAUGGACCAGAGCACACCAGCCACUCCUGUCUUCCACUGCCUCCGGCAGUUUAGUCAAACUCAUGCUGGUAGCUUCAAGAACACUGUCCAACCAUCUCAUCCUCUAUCGUCCCCUUCUCCUUGUGCCCUCCAUCUUUCCCAACAUCAGGGUCUUUUCCAGGGAGUCUUCUCUUCUCAUGAGGUGGCCAAAGUACUGGAGCCUCAGCUUCACAAUCUGUCCUUCCAGUGAGCACUCAGGGCUGAUUUCCUUAAGAAUGGAUAGGUUUCAGUCCAAAUGGAGCCCUUUUCACAUAAAUCAUUUUCAAUCAGACAAUUGUGCCAUUGUCAGGAGAAAUAAGACUUUCCACGCUACAGGUUUUCUCUGUAUUUUUGGUUCUUUUUAUGUGCUCAGGAUGCUGAAAACCACCCUGCUGUCAAACAACUGCAAGCUCCAGCAGAAGAUUCUCAGGUAUGUAAAGUUUCUUUGCUGUUGAACUCUCUGGAGAAAUAUAGCAAGGAAGUAUCCACAAGGUUCAGGGUCAUCAUUGGUAGAAUUAUGACUUCUGACACGAAAACCAGGGCCAGAUUUAGACGAAGAGGGGCCCUAGGCUACUCUUACUUGUGAUGCCCCUCCCAAUCCCCUACACUCACAACUAGAAGAAAAUGGAAGAGUGCUAUAAACAAAAUUGAUUGAAGCCAAGGAUAUGACAGGUAUUUAAAAUUCUGCAAUUCUCAGUUUCUCCUCUAAAGGACAUAAGAUACUAUUGUUAAAUACCAUGGUGGUUUUUAAAAAUGCAUAAAUGUUAAAAUUAACACUGAAAAACUUUUGCAAUAGCUGAACUUUGUAAACCUUUUGUGGAAUAAGCAUUAUUUUUUAGGAAAAUGAAGUUGUAAUGUUAUUCUUAAAAAUAAAAAACCACCUUGAGUUUACAGAUUAUAUUGCCUGGGAAGUUUAAAUACCAUAUCUUUCCGUGUAUAACACGUGUAUAAGACAACCCCUUCUUUUAAACUUCAAAAAUUUAGGAAAAAAUAUAGUCUUAUACACGGAAAAAUACGGUAAUAUGAUCAUGGUUAUCUGACAGUGUGGCACUUUUAGAAUCUACUUUAUGUUUUCAUUAAAAAGUCAGUUUUAAAUUACAUAUUAAGAAGUAAACUACAGCUAUCAAAUACAGUAAGACUAAAAAUGUUUUUUUCUAGCCUUCCUCAUAGCAAAAUCAUCCAAAACUUCAUCAAAAUUUGUUUGUCUAAGUUUGUCACUUUCAAUGUACAAAAUGCUCAGUGCAGACAACCUCUCUUGAGACAUUGUGGCCCUUAAUUCAUUUUUAAUUCUUUUGCGUCUUGAAAAACUCCACUCUCCUGAGCAGUUAGUGACCAUAAAGCUAAGAAAUAGCCGCAAGAUUGUUUCCACAUUAGCAAAGGCCAGCUGAAUUUUUUCCUUGUAUAUAAUUUGAGAAAGGUCUGUAUGAGACAGAGAGUGCUCUUCUGUAAGCCUAUGGCUUUGUCUCACAUACAGCUGAAAGUGCAAAAAUUUAUCAAGAAGUUUCAGGUCAGUAUCUUCUGGGUAUGCUUCCAUUAACAAUUCACUACCUUGCUGAAUUUCUUGCUUAGAUGCUGUCAGAUUAGCAAGAAUGGAAAACAAUUGUGCAACAUCACUGUACACAGUACUUCUUCUUUUUAAAUUGGCUUCAAGCGCAUCUAAUAUAGGAAUUAAGGAUUUUAUCCUAAACUUAUCUCUUGAAGAAAGUGCAUCUAAGGCAUCAGGUGCACUUUUUUUGCCAUUUCUUCACUCUUUGUCUCCUUGUUUUGUAGUUAACAUUUGGCAAGGUGGCCUUUGCUUGUUUCUCAAGCUCAUCAAAAUCUUCUCUAAUUUUCCUUAUAUCCUUAUAUCAAUCCAAAAUUGAACUGUACAAACUUGCACAAGAACUCAUUAACAGGUCUGAUUUCUGAAGAGCUUUGCUGACCUUGUGAAAAUGACCUAGCACACGGGCCUAAAAAUGCAGCAUAAACACAAAUUCCAUUUCUUCCAUCUUCUGCAAAAGAUUAUUAGCUUGAAGCCUGGUCUCCCCCUUCCCUUUAACGUCAGAGUACAAAUGACUGAGGGCAUUAGUGAUAGCACUGUAACGUUCCAAAACAGCUUCUGUGGAUUUUGCGUGUGCGUCCCACCUAGUGUCUGACAAAUAUUUAGGCACUUUAGACUCAGGUCUGCCCAUCUCUUUGUGGAGGAUGAAAAGAAGAUGUAAAUUUCAUUGAUAAUGGCAAAACAGUUCACUGCAUCAAGGCAGCAAUCCACAGCUGAACGGUAAAAAUGUGACUUUCCACACUCUUUUGAUUUUCAGAACUCACCUGCUUUUGACUUGACAGAGGUUGACCAAGAGGUAGGAUGGCAACAUUUAAUAAAGUUGGAACUUUCCGCUUUCAUAGUUAAUUAUAAGCAGCUUCCAUUAUGUUUUGAUUGUUUUUAGGUAAGACCCUCUUCCAAUAAAUUAUUUAUGUUUCUUCUAAGGGUGGUGCUAUGGGUUAAACCACAGAGCCUAGGAUUUGCCAAUCAGAAGCUUGGCGGUUCGAAUCCCCAUGACGGGGUGAGCUCCGGUUGCUCAGUCCCAGCUCCUGCCAACCUAGCAGUUCGAAAGCACGUCAAAGUGCAAGUAAACAGGUACCGCUCUGGUGGGAAGGUAAACGGCGUUUCCGUGCUGUUCUGGUUCACCAGAAGCGGCUUAGUCAGGCUGGCCAUAUGACCUGGAAGCUGUACGCCAGCUCCCUCGGCCAGUAAAGCGAGAUUAGCGCCGCAACCCCAGAGUCAGUCACGGCUGGAGCUAAUGGUCAGGGGUCCCUUUACCUUUACGUUUCUUCUGAUGGUCUUUUUUAAUCACAUUUUUGAAUUUUAAAUGUUUGGUCAUGAGUUGUCAGAAUGUUUUCAUCUAUGGCAGGGAUGAGAACCUGUUGCCCUCAUGCUGUGAUUGGACCACAAUUCCCAUCAUCCUUCACCAUUGGGCCUGAUGGGAGUUGAAAUCCAACAACAUCUGGAGAGCCACAGGUUCCCCAUUCCUUAUUUAGAGUCCAGAAUAGUUAAUACGCCAAUCUUAUGAGACAGUUCACACUUUACAUGAGGACAAGUAUAAGAUAAAACACAUUAUGAGUGGGACAGCUCUCUGUUGCUUUUAUGAAGUUGCCCAUUUGUGUGGUGGGGAGAACAUUACAAAUGGAAAACUUUCAUUUUGAAUAUGGAUUUUUGUUCCUUUUUUUCCUUUGGCUCAGGAUGCUGAAAGUCAACCAGUUUUCAAACAACUGCAGUCUCCUGCAGAAGCUUCUCAGGUAUGUAAAGUUUCUUUGCCAGUGAACUAUCCGGAGAAAUGCAGCAGGAAAGUGUUAUGUACUGAGUUGAAUAGGAUCCAAAAUGCAGCAGUCUGAUUGGUCCUAGAACAAUAGGAUUCAGAAUGCAGCAGUCGGAUUGGUCCUAGAACAAUGCAGCAGUAUGAUUGGUCUGCAGGAGCCACCCAAUCCGGCUCCAGAUGGAAGUGAAUCCACAACCUGAUUGGCCUACAGGAGAAUUCCGGAAUUAGCCAAUCACGGGCAGCCCAUUGUGUAAAUAAUGUAUAUAAAGUAGAUACUUUGAGGGGACUUUCAUUCCUCCUCACCACUAUGAGCUGAAUAAAGAGCAUGAAAUCCACUCUCGACUCUGAGCAUAUUUCAGAAAGUAACCACAAAGUCUUCAGGGUCAUCAGUGGUGGAGUUAUGACUUCUAACAUGAUAACAAACAAACAAACAAAUAUUUGAAGCAAUAGCUAUGGCAAGACUUUUCCUUGCUGUGAUCUUAUGACUCGCUGAUGUGGGCCAUAUCUAAGCAGUGAUGCAGAAAUCUAAGAGAAAUCAGUGCAAAUGGGGGCCCUUUUCACAUAAAUCUUUUUUAAUCAGAAAAUUGUGCACUUGUCAGGAGAAAUAUGACUUUCCACACUCUUCAUUUUCAGAACUCACCUGCUUCAGACUUGACAGAGGUUGACCAAGAGGUAUGAUGGCAGCAUUUAAUAAAUUUGGAACUUUCCCCUUUCAUAGUUAAUUAGAUGCAGCUUCCAUUAUUGCUUUGAUUGUCUUUAGGCGGGACACUACUUUCAGUAUUUUCAUUUACAUUUCUUCCAGCACCUUAUUAAAUAAAUAUUUUUUUGCAGUAAAAUAGUUGUAGGAAUGUUUCCAUCUAGAGCCAGGAUGGGAAAUCUGUGGUCCUCCUGCUGCUGUUGGACUACAAUUUCCAUCAUCCUUGACCAUCGACCUUGUUGUUGGGUCUGAUGGGAAUUGGAAUCCAACAACUUCUGGAAGGCCACAGGUUCCCCCUUAUCAAGAAUUUACAACAUCUAAUAGAUCAGCCUUAUGGACCACUUCAUGCAUGAUGACAAAUGAAGAUUUUGGCACUUCACAGGAAGUCUUAUAGGAUUGUGCUGUUUGUUACUACACUACACACUGAACUAGAUGUAUGGACACAUUUGUCAUCUAAGCAGUGAUGCAAUCAAUCAAAAUAGGGGCCCUUUCCACAUAAAUCAUUUUUAAUCAGAAAAUUGUGCUUUUGCGAGCAGAAACUGACUUUCUUCUGCACUCCUGAUUUUCAGAAUUCACCUGCUUCGGACACCAGAGAGGAUGACCAAGAGGUAAAAUGGCAGCAUUUAAUAAAGUUGAAACUUUCCCUUUCCUUAUAUAUUAGCAGCUUUAAUUAUGCUUUCAUCGGUUUUAGGUUGGAUACCCCGUUAAAUACUGCCAUUUAUGUUUCUUCUAAUGAUGUCCUUUAUCACAUUUUUUGAAGUAAAAAGGUUCCUAACUGAGUUGUAAGCAGAGGUUUUUUUCCAGCCAGAAUUCACUGGCACAGAGUUCUCUGGUGACCACGAUUGCCCUUGUAAGAUAACAAGGGAGGCAUUCAUGGUGAAUUCCGGCACCCCUUUUUCUAGAAAAAUGGCACUGGUUGUAAGAAUGGUUCCCCGCAGAGCAGGGACAGGAACAUGUGCUCUCACAGCUGUGGUUAGAUAAACCAUGACCCUCUGUUGCUUUUAUUAAGUUCCGCACUGAUGUGCUGGAAAAAAUACAGGUUUUGGUUCUUUUUCUAUGCCCAGCAUGCUGAAAACCAUCCUGCUGUCAAACAACUGCAAGCUCCAGCAGAAGAUUAUCAGGUAUGUAAAGUUUCAUUGCUGUUGAACUCUCCGGAGAAAUACAGCAAAAAAGUAUCCACAAGGUUCAGGGCCAUCAUUGGUAGAAUUAUGACUUCUAACAUGAUACAAAGCAUAUAUAUAUUGGGAGCAAUAACAUGACCAGCGAUAUGAGGAAAUAUGGCAAUACCUUUCUUUGCUAUGGAUAGGAGUUAUUUGCAGAUGUGAUAGCUACAAAGGCUGCAGUCCUGACCCCAUUGACCUGGGAGUAAGCCAUACAAAUCAUUUUUAACAAGACAAUUGUGCUGUUAAAAUCCACUCUCUUGAUUUUCUGAACUCAUCUGCUUUGGACUUGACAGAGGUUGACAAAGAGGUAAUACGGCAACAUUUAAUAAAGUUGGGACUUUCCGUUUUCGUAUUUAAUUAUAAGAAGCUUGCAUUAUGCUUAGAUUGGUUUUAGGCGAGACACUGCUUUCAGUAUUAUCAUUUAAGGUAAAGGUAAAGGUACCCCCGCCCGUACGGGCCAGUCGUGUCCAACUCUAGGGUUGUGCACCCAUCUCACUUAAGAGGCCGGGGGCCAGCGCUGUCCGGAGACACUUCAGGGUCACUUUUCCAAACACUUCUUCUCCUUCCAUUUUUUGAAGUAAAAUGGCAGUAGGAAUGCUUCCAUCUAGAUCAGGGAUGGGGAGUUUUUUGCCCCCCAGCUGUUGUUGGACUACAGUUCCCAUCUGCUUUGACCAUUGAUGGUGAUGCUUCUCCUGAUGUCAGUUGGAAUCUAACAUCUUAUCUAGUAACUUAUCACACUGAGUUUUUACAGAAUGGACUAUGGUUAAGUUGCUUCAAUUAACUACUACAAACAAUCAACUUGACAUGAACACAUUUUUGUUCAAAGGUUUUAUUAUGUUUCUAUCAGUGAAUAUACGAUGCCACACAUACAAGAAUGUAUUUUUUUUAUUUCAGAGUUCUCGCUUUGAUGUCAGGGCUGGUACCCAUGCACAAAUGUAACAUUCAGUAUACAGUCGUACCUUGGAAGUCAAACGGAAUCCGUUCCGGAAGUCCAUUCGAUUUCCAAAAUGUUCAAAAACCAAAGUGCGGCUUCUGAUUGGCUGCAGGGGCUUCGUGCAGCCAACUGGAAGCCCCAUCAAAUAUUCGGCUUCCAAAAAUAGUUCACAAACCGGAACAGUCACUUCUGGGUUUGCGGUGUUUGGGAAUCAAAACAUUCGACUCACCAGGUGUUAGUCAACCAAGGGACGACUGUAUUUGGGUUUUUCCAACUUAACCAAUGUAUUGUUUGACCUUUUCACUAUGUUUCAGGCAGCCUUGUCAUAGACAUAGCUUUUGACAUUAUCCAUUUUGCUUUUUCAGAGUGCUCCUUCUUCGGAUGAAGCUAUAGAGAAGAUUGAACCACAAGUAAGCUUUCUUAUAGAGAAUUGUACAGUGAGUGUGUGAUGCUAUGAAUAACUUGUUCAUGAGUAACUUACAGGAUUAGUUGUCAAGGUCUUUAGCAGAUACAAAACAGAGCAGACCAUGGUUUACAAAUUGGGAACUAACCUUGUGCAUGUGCACUCCUUUUUCUCUCCUUCCCCUCUAAAUAAAAAUUCCCUUCCUUGCCUUUGCUGAUUACUGCUGGUGUACCAAUGCUAACCAGGUUUAACACUAACCAUGGUUCCCUUAGAAACACAUAAGCACAUGCACACACAGAGAAUUUGGAGCCCAGAAAGUUGCUUUGUACAGAUCAUUGGUCAACCUAGCACACUAUUGUCUACAAUGACUAGUAGUGGCUGUCCAAAAUUUUGGAUAGCUCUUUCUCCCAGCCCUACCUGGAGAUGCCUAGAAUUGAAUCUGGCACUAGAGCUUGUGGAGAAAUCCAAUCACAUUCACAUUUAAAGGCAAGCCUCAUUAAUUCAUACUUUCCAACACAAUACAUGACCUAAAACAGCAAUCUUUUGAAAUUCACACUUCUCUGAAUUUUGUGACCCCAGCCAACUAAGGUGUAUAAAAAUGCAUAUACAGUGUGCUUAAAAAUGCAUAUAUUCAGUGCUUUUUUCUAAAAAUAAAAUGCUUAGGGUACUCUCAUUUUCCUACUCAUAUUAAAAUAUUGCCCCUCAGUGAGGCCAAACUUAGAUUCACAAAAUGUUUAGGGGUAUGUGUACCCCUGCAUCCCCCUAUGCAAAACCAAUACUCUACUAAUGAACUCCAGUCCUUCCCUAAUGGUUUGAAAUUUGUUUGCAACCGUGAUUACAACGAAAAGCGAUUCACAUUAACUAUAGUGUCCUUGGAACUCUAAACCACCUUUAACCCUCUUUCCUGACAAGAGGAAGGGAGUUGCUUUAAAAAGGGCAGCACCAAAGUUUUGCAUCUGGCACAACUCUACAGAUAUAACAGUAAUAUACUGGGUUGUUGUUGUUUUGUUACAGGUAUCCUUUUUAACAGAAGAAAACAAUAACGUUGCUGAGCAACAGGUAAAAAUUACAACAUAGAAAUCUAACUCUGCUUCAGUUAGUUCAUUAUAAGCAUCACUUUGGCAUUGGCUGUGAGAAUGCCAAUAGUCAGUAUGGCUAAAGUUUAUCCCUCUGCUGGCUUUAGUUUUUUGAGAUAAAGUAUUAUUACCUAUAGAAGCACAAAUUUAAGUAUCCUAAGAUUUUAAAUGACUGCUUUAAGCAUACACACACACUGGGUAGCUCAGUGAUAACUGCUAUAACAAAUAAGGCAAAUUUAGAAAUUCUAGGCAAUAGAAUAUUCUUAGCUUACUUUCCUCCAGAGGUGCACCUUAAUGAUCACAACUACAGGUAGAUUUUAGGCCGUCAGGCUUCAACUGGUGGGUCACGGCUUCUAAGUCGUCACGCUCUUCAUGUUAACUGUUUAAUUUAUUAGCAGUAAAUACAUUCUAGUAGUUCAACCUUUGGUUUUAGGAGAGAUGCUCAUUUCUUGCCUUGUGUGCCAUCACAGCAGUUUUUAUUGAUUGCAUGAUUGUAUGUGUAAGUCACUAUUUGAGGAUUUCAUAGAAUAAUAGAAUUCUAUAAAUUCUUUAACUUUUCACGUUCAGAAUUUUUUUGGGGGGGGGGGAGUGCGGUUUAUAUUCAGGCCAAUACCGUAAUUUUAUUACAUUUUUGACAGGUCUUUGAUGAAAGUGAACCAUCAGCAGAUGUCCUCGGGGAUUUCCAGGACAGUGAGGAAGCUGAAGUUUGA